CAUUGAAUCUGGGAACUCCAAAUGAGCAGUCUGGCUGGUACGCGGAGUGACCCUCAAACACCAGCGACAUGAGUUUUCAAGUAUCAUAGACUUUUGUGUUUUUAAAACAUACCUGAGAAUACCCGAUUUUUAAUUUUCUACCACCCCAUCGGAACCAACAUGCGGCUCUGUCUCUGGUUCGUUUGGACCACCUGGAUCGUGGCUCUCCACACCGCAGCUCAGCAUCCCCCUGACCGGCAGGAUGGAGUCCUGCAGCCCGGGCUCCGGGAUCAGAGGAGGAGGCAGACUCAGCUGGAGGCCAGGAAGCUGGCGGCAGUGAAGGGAGCCGGGGUGAAGCAGAAGGUCAGCGGGAAGAAGACCCCUCUAAACGGGUAACAGCAGGAGCAAAAACCAGGGCUUCAUACACAUUCAAACCGGGGAUCAUUUUCUGUUACUUGACAUCUUUAUACCGUCUAUGUUCGUUUGGGAAACUGCUUUUUAAUGUUUAAAAAAAUAAAACUUAGCCAUUUACGGGUUUUACUGGGCCCCGUCUUAAUGGCAGGGUUUUCACUAUUUCAGUUACAUACAACAUGUAAAUUCAUCAACAUGACUUAAUAUGUGCUUUAAAAACUAAAGAAAACUGUGUUUUUUUCCAAAAGUAACUUUGUGAUCAAUUAUUCAAGGGUUCGGACAGAAUACCCAUAACGCAGCGUUUUACUGAUACUGAUAUUUAUAAACACAAUAUUUGACUCACCCCAACUACAUAACAUGUGGCGUAAAUCCUGAACUUUGACCUUAAGGGUCAUUUAAAUGUCUUAGAUUAAUAAGAUACUAUGAUCAUCACCAUAAUGAUUGAUGCACAAGUGGUCUUAUCAUGACUAACUGUAUGAUAAUGUAAGUAACCCUGUAACCCCCGCCCCUAAAUUCACUUUCAGGGUCAUUUUGUAUACCUUCCAUAAAGCUCCUGUGAGAAACUUCCUAUUUGUGUCACUUGGAUGAUGAAUAAGCUUGGCUUAUCUUGUUCUCUACAUGCUUAUUUAGUAUCUUCUGACAAAAACUCUCAUUGCAGAUAUUUAUAUGGAAAUUGACAAACAGGGCUGUUUCUUGCCAUUUACUGACACCUACCCUCUUGCACCAGUUACAGGCUUUAUAAGUUGAGACAUUAAAAAUAUCUUGAUGCUGAUGAUUCUGUCUGUAAUGUCACAUAUGUUUUCAAAAAAGUGAACAUAUCUGGUAUCAUCAGUACAUAAAUCGUAUUAAAGUUCCACUCCGAUCAUUUUUGUUUUACUAUCUAAAGUGAUCUCAGUGGUCUUUAAAUUGUGAUUAUGAAGUUUUUUUUGCCAAAAUCGUGUUACCUGUGUCAUUUUCAAGAGCUUUUCUUCUGCAGAGCUCAAGUAGCUCAUUGGCAAUUCGCCUCUGAGUCGUGGGCGGAGACAGCGCUGCUCUGCACACUCCUCUUCAUGCUAGCUUGCAGCUUCAAGGGAUAUUCCAGCAUAAAAUUAAGUUAGGGUCAAACACACCGUAACAACGAGUUUAAGGACCCCCUUAUGAGAUGAAUGUUGCAGACCACUAGCUUCUCUAGUCAUACCAACUUUAGUAACGACUAUAUGUAGCAAUACAGAGAGCCACACGCUCAACCAUAAGAGUCACUCUAUAGCUACAAAUAAUGCUCAGAGCAGCACCUAACUUCAUUAACAGUACAUAUAGGGUCCCAGCCAUAGCACUAGCCACCAAACAUCUUUUUAGCUUUGCCUGGUUUCUUUAGCAAAGAGACAAAACACAACUCACCUGCUCUCUUCCAUCAGCCGCUUGUUUGUAUGGAGACCUCUGGGUGAGUCCAUCGACUGCAGCAGGGUGACGCAGCUCGAGGAAGAACAUUUAUGAUCAUUUCUUCAUUGAAAUACAAUCAGACCGAGACACUAAGGCAGAAGAACUACAGCAUCUGCAGUGCAAAAUAAUUUAUAUAGUGAUUAUUACUUCACGGAAAUAAUAAAGAAAUAAUCAUAAAUAAUCUUCCUUGAGCUGCGUCUCCUGUGAUCCUAACUUAAUUUUACGCCAAGAAGUCCCUUUAACAAUGCUGGUGAAGUAGAAGUGGCAGGUAACACAAGAGCCACUCAGCUCUUGGACACUAAUGUCUUUGGGGGCAUGAUGAAAGCUGAUAUUGUAAUUUGCUUUCUUACAAGCAUUGCUGUUUGCUACCGCUCAAGCUUGUUUUGCCAUUGUUCUUCUCUACUUCCUGGGUUCUGGCCUGCAGAUAGGGGCGCCGGGGGCGGAGCUUGGAUUUGUGACGUAGAAAAAUCCCACUGUGCCUGCUAUUUGGGUCUGCCAGAGGUUUACAGUGGUUUGACUGCAGAAAUACUCAGAAAUGCAGUUUUGCACUAAGUUUUCUCAUGAUAUGUCCUCUAGCAUCAGAAAACUGCCAUAUGAACAUGUAGACAAUAAGAAAAACAUGGUUUUCAUUGGAGUGGGUCUUUAAAUAAUUCUUAAUGGAACUGUAGUGUUUGUUAUCAUAUUGUACUGUAUCCUAUGAUACAAAAGUAGGUAAUAUAGCUGGUAUCUUAAUGAUUGAUAUCGAACAAUAUUAUAUCGCAUUGAUUUUUUUAAAAAUCGUACCAUAUCAUUUUGGUAUUGGUAAUUUAUCGGUAUUGCAGUGGUAUCUUCGGUCUUGCAUUGAUAUUGUACAGGCAAUGCAGUGGUAUCGUGUUGGUAUUGCAUUGAUAUUGGUAUCAUUGAGUUCGUAUUGGUAUUGCAUCAAUAUCAUAUUUUACUGUUCACUGAGUUACUCUGUCAUCUCCACCCUCAAAAUGUCACUUUUAUGGGCUUUUUCUCCAUCUUAAUUAACCCCUAGAAAAUUUUUAUCAGGUAUCAUAUCAUUAGUAGGUAUUGGAUUAAACUGUAUAGUGUUCAUAGUCACCCUAAAAGACCCCCCUCCCCUAACUUUGACAAAAAACAAACUAUGGUCAUUCACUCAGUUUUACAUGCACAUUUAUGUACAGGAGAAAUCUUGUUGCUAUGUUGGGCAUGUACACACCUGAGCAGCAGACGUCAUUUACACAUAAGAUGAUACAGGUGCCCAGAAGAGGGAAUGGUCCCAGAGGUGUUAGUAGUAAUAGAUGAUAUCCAGCUGAGAUCUACCUGUAGAGUGUAAGUGAUCCAACCAGUGUGUGUGCGUGUGUGUGUUCGUGUGUGUGUGUUCAUGUGUGUUCGACCAUAAAACAUCUGACCAAUCAGCAUCUGUCAGGUGUGUCAGACUGCAGACACCUCAGGAAUGUGUGAAAUUCUGUACUUGUGUGUGUGUGUGUGUGUGUCCAGCCUCAAGUGCAAGUCUGACUGACAGUCAAGUGAUGGAUUCAAAAACACACACACACACACACACACACACACACACACACACACACACACACACACACACACACACACACACACACACACUAAUCCUAAACCCAGUGAACUGACUGGGCUUAUAAAAAAAGUGCGUUUGUGUGUGUGUAAGAUGUUUGUAUGAAUGUGUGAAGGUUAGAAAAAUUCCCACUAGACUUUAAAGUGCUGCUAGACUUUCAACACACACGCACGCGCACACACACACAUGCAUGCACACACACAUACACACAUGCACACACAUAAAUCCAGUCUUGUGCUGUUUAGGUACCAGUGUGAGGACUGGCUCUGCCUGGGGGUCUCACACAUGUUGAAGUUUAAAGGUUCAUGUUAAACCCUCACAGGUGAGUUGAAUGUCUGUCACACCUUCAUCUUUAUGAUCUGAGCUCAAACAGACUCAGACUCAAACGUCUCUGUGAGUGUCUCGUUCAGGUCUCGUUCAGGUCUCAUUCAGGUUCUGGUCUUUAGAAAUAAUUAAAACUUAAAUAUGAACUUCCUUUGUAAUUAGUGCGUGCAUGUGUGUGUGUGCUUAUGUGUGACAGAUGCAGAUGUUAAAUUUUGGGUGCUUUGGGGUCAAACUGCACAAACCCUGUCCCUGAAGGUACCACAUGUUCGUGCAUGUGCUCAUGCAUGCUCCUGAGGCAUUUUGAACAGGUAGGGGACAAUUAUCCGGGUGUUAAAAACACCUUAUAUGUCAGAAGGUGUGAGCUCUACAGUAGAGGUCGUCUGUUUUUAAGGGCUGAUACAGAUAAUGAUUAAGACUGAAAAUUACUGAGAACAAUAAUCAAUAUUUGUAACUGAUAUGUUCUGACAGUGAAUAUGAGAAACUGUCUCAAAAUGUAGGGUUUUGAGCUUGUUGUUUCUGUUUUAUCCAGGACUGCAGAUGAAGCAGACUCUGACGCAUUGAUCAGUCUUCUGCAGUUAUAUCAGUGCUACUUGUAUUUACAAUCACUUGAAGAAGCAGAGAGGAGAACGUUUUUAUGUGCUCAAAGAAUAUACAGAUCACAAUACAAUUGCUCUUACUUUAUCCAGCUCUUUCCUGAAUUUUUCCUUCUGUGUUCUUACAUGGGCUCACUGCUGGUUUCAACAGGUUUUCCUGGAGGUCUAGCAGAGAUUAAGACCAGGUGGAGUCAGAGUGAAAACCUUCCUCCUUUGUUUUUUUGCUCAUGAAGUUCAGCUUGACAAAUUCAGAUGUUCAUUAGGACCCCAGUGCAUAAAAAACAAGGUUAACAGGGUGUGUGCAGCCUGAAAAAUACUGACUUUUGCCUUAACACAAAAUUACUCUGUUUGCAUUUGCAUUUCAUUGAGCAUACUUAUGUGAAGUUUUUAACUGGUCAGUAAUGACUUACCCUCCCAGAUAACAGUUUCCUCAAAUUCACCAUGUCUCCUUGAGCAUCUAGUUUGAGGCAAAACCCCAGAAAGGUUCAGUUUAGCUAGAAUAUCUUGACCUACAUCCCUAACCCCUUUUAAUCCUGAUUUGAUGACUGAAACACAAAGACAGAAAUCUGUUUGAGUUUAACUGUCUUUUACCAUAGAGAGAGCUGUUUCAUCUCAGUUUUAUGUUCAUCCUCUGUGGUUCAAAAUGGACUGGGAUCAAAUUUCUUCUCUGUUUGAGGGUUUGAAUCGAAGCAGAAAAAACACAGGACAUGAAAAGUGAAUGUAACAGAGGCACAGUGUUCCUGCUGAGGAAGAAAGGAGGAAACGUCAUUUGAAGUUGAUGGUGUUGUUGAGAGUGGAGGCGAAUACAGACCACACACUGUCUUCAUGUAGCUCUAUGCUGAUGCUUAUUUUGUCCCCUCAGAGUCAUUUUUCUCCAGGAAAGCAGGAGAUUCUGUGAAUUUGUGAAAACUGUCCUUCAGCAUUUUCACUCAGUGACUUUUAUUUCAGAUGCUUUGGAUAAACUUUGUGUUUCUGAAAAUAAUGUUUGAAUUAUUUGGCAUAUGUUGGCAAACACAGUUGCUGGAGAGAAAAAUCUGUAUUUUCAAAGUUUUUAAAAAUGAGAACGAAGUACCUCUUUCAUAAGCCUGAGUUAAAUACUUGAUUCUGAUUAAUCAAAACCCAAGACGAUAGUGAUUUUCCCUGCAGCAGCAUUCAGGGACAACUUAACACACAUUAUAUCAAAUUUGUCUGUAUUUAGGAGUUCAACUUUACCUGUUGACACUGUGGCAAAUCACUGGUUUUCGUUCUGAACUCUGCUCACCCUAUCAGGUUUCUAAUUCAUACAAUCACCUGUUCACUAUACAGUAACUAUUGUUCAUAGUGUAAAGUAUGACAGCUGAAGUUCAUACUGAUGCCUUUAUGGACAAAAGCAAACAAGACUUUCAUUGACAUGAUUUUUUUUCAUAAUUUUUAAACUUGAUACUGAUGGUUGGUAAAUGCACAUUAUUUCAUUACAAUGAAUCAUAAAACUGAUCAUCAAAAGUUAGCAACAUGGGUGUGUAGAGGACAAAAUGAGCAAAGACUGCUUUGUCCACAGGGGGUGCCAAAUUAGACAAAAACUAAGAGUUCCUGACAGGAGCUUUGAAGUAUAAAAAAGUAAAAGUAUUCAAAGCGCAGUCAGUGAGUUCAUAUGUUGGUUUUAUGUGUAGUUUUUAGGAGCUGUAUGAAUUUUGAAGUGGUGUAGUUUAUUUGAAGGUGUGUGGUGCUUCAGUGAAUGUAGUUUAUCAUUUUUCUUCUUUUUCUGUUUUUAAUGAGUCCCAUGUGGUAAUCAUUUUUAAAAAGUGCUAACAAGAUAUUACUUUGUAUUACAUUUGCCCAUAUUUGUCUUUUUUGGCCAAGAUUUUACAUUAAAAGAUAUCCACACAGUAAGUCAUAUUUGGCAGUAUAGCUCUGUCCUGAGAGCUCCAUAUCUUUCCACAUGUUUAUGAGGAAAUCCAAAGCCUGAGGCGGGGAGAGCUCACCUCCCCUCUGCUACACCUGUAUACAUUAAAAGCAGGGUUGGCAGAACAACAGCUUUUGCCUGUAGCACCAAAUAUGCUGUUUUACUGUGAAUUAGAUCAGAUUUCCUGCUGCAGUUACAUUAUUUAUAGAGGUAAGGAAAAAUUUGACAAAACAAACUUAAAUGAUCAGAUUUGUUAAUUUGAAAACCUAAAAUGAGCUGAUUUAUAUCAGAAUACAUUUAUGUCAGAUGAGGAGGACAAUAUAAGUUAUAACAGCAGGUACCUAAAUGAGCCUUUAAAUUCUGCAGACAAACUCUUACAUGAAGGGGGACAGUCGUGCUCUUGAUAUGACACAGUGAGUCAGACUCAGACCAGACUGUCUGUGUGUAUACAGGUCCAGUGCUGUGUGUGGCGAAGCUCUGUUUAGACACAGUGCUGCAGACACACACAGGUCUUGGUGUGUUAGUGUGUGUGUCAGUGGGUGAAGUGGGGCCUCCUCUGCUGCUACAAUACGACCAGCACACUGUGAGUAAUGCUUAAAUCCUCUGCAGAGAGACUCUGUCCACAUUUAAAAAACAGACUCCUCUCUCAAAUCUGAUACAGAGACAGUUUGCUGAGCUCGGCUGGACUGUGAGCUCCAGCUUUUCCUCUGAUCUCUGUUUCAUAACUGUAAAUGUUUAUUUGACAUGGAUUCACUCACAGUUUUGAAAAGGAGUCACAGUGUAAAUAUACUGUCCUGCAAUAGCAAUCCUAUGACAAACUACUCCUCAAGCACCACAGUCACAGUUCUCAUUUUGCAAAUUAUAUCACUGGACUAAGAUUACUGUUGUAUUAAUAUGCAUUGACUUGGAGACUCUCAAGUCAGUCUUUAAUUAUUCAUUAGUGUUGUGAGAAUAAUGCAGGACUGACUGCUGCACAUAGGGCUGCAUAAUUGGUUGUACUUACUUGCAUCAUAAUCACAACAUCAGGGUUUGCAUUAAUCACAUUGCACAUGUCUGAAUAUAUGACAAUAAUAAGAAAAUGUUUUAUUUUGAUUUUUCUUUGAACCAGAAUCUCGCAUCAGUUAAAUUCAUUAUUAUUCUUGUUUGUCUUAGAGACCCAAGAAUGCUCCAUGAAAUGUAUUGAUAUGUUUUUGCAGCAUAAUCUGUGUUCACUAAUUUUUCAUCUGCAGAGUCAGAACAUCCACAGCAGCUCUUUUAGCUGUUCAGGAAGAUGCUCCAGUUCCUGCCUAAACCAGGGGACCUUAGUUUGGAAAACGGUUGUGACUGGUCUGACCGGAACAAAAUCCCUUGAAAAAGGAGGCACUUUAAAUCAGUUUAUCAAUGAGCUGUUACUUGCCUCCACUUUCCAAAUGAGGUGAAAGUCAAACAGCUCUCUUCCUGUGAAACACAUCUGUGAGGUCUGGGAGGUCUGACCUGGUGUUAGUCUGCUAAUUGACUCCUUUUCCCAGAAGGCCGAUGGGCUUGGAGUCUCGUGCAAACACACAAAACUGGAGCUACAACAUCCAGAGUAAUCCAAACAGCUGCUGUAGAAAUAGAAACAGAUCUUAUUUUUUUAAAGACGGGGGGAAAUGAUGAUAAAACCCAAAUGUCCUCUAAAUCCUCAGCAGAUGGUCGCUGUGUUUGUUUUAACGCUGAGCUGUGAGUUCAGACAACAUCCUCCAACAGGAGAUGCUGAGUGAUCAGCAUCCUCAGAUAGGUUCGGGGAGCCAUCAUGAACUUAGAUAAAUACCGGACUGCACCAGGUACAAUAGAAAAGAGGGAAACAAUCCAACAGAGUAGAUCCAAUGCUUUAUGGAGGGAAGAGUUUUUUUAAGAAACAUUUUAAAAGAGACCAGGUAAUUUUUCUGUACCUUUAAAAGUCUUUUCUGUUAUGAGCUAGUGUCAGACUCUGGUGUUGAUAAAUCAAACACACAUGUGAAAACAGUCACUGUAGUUCCCCAAGUGUUCAGCAGAGGCCGUCCUCAAAGUGAGUGGAUCCUCAUAGAGCUCCAUGUUAACAGCAGCAGAAAUGUAAAACAGUUUUUAAGCUUGUCCCUUUGGUUGAUUUCUCAUGUACACUAAGUACAUCAUCUUUGUCUGACUGUUUGUCUGUGCAGAGUUUCCUUCUAUCAGUACAGUAAUGUUAUCUAUAAUCUAACUUUUGGAACAGCUUUUUCUUUUAAUAAUCUCUGUAUUUUUGAUAAAUAAUAAAAUCUCUGUCUCUCUCUCUCUCUGCAGCCCUCACGUCUGUGGAGGCCGUUGUUGUGUUGGAUGGACUCUGUCCCCCAAAACCAAUCGAUGCACCAAACGUGAGUGAGAUCCUCUGCUUUUCAAAAUUAAUGUUUGCUUUUUAAACCUUUUUUUUAUUGGGAAAUAGUUCAGGCCAAGCUCUUGUGUAGUUUCAACUUGCUUUUUUGACUUAAAACUUGUGUUGAAUGCUGACAAAACUAAGGUCAUGCUGUUCUCAAACACUAAACCUAAACCUUUAAACCUGCCUUCAGUCUUUACUUCUCAGGGUUCUCAGAUUAAGCUUGCUUUGAGCUACAGAUAUCUUGGUAUAUUGAUUGAUCAGUACUUGACUUUUAUUCCUCACAUUCAGGAGCAGGUAAAGCACAAAUGAAUGAAAAUGCUUUGAUUAAAUCUGAGUUCUGGAUGAUUCUGAUAAAUAGCUGCUGCCUAAAUUCUUGUGUGUAGGUUAUGAACAAAUAUAUUGUAGUAUGUUGUAUCAGUAUGAAUGCUUUAAUGUACAUUUGAAACUAUGUUCACUGUUGCUGUCUUGGCCAGGACACUCGUGAAAAAGAGAUUUUUAAUUUCAUAGGUUUUCUCCUGGUCGAAUAAAGGUUAAAUAAAAGUAAAUAAAUAAAUAAAGAAGAGUUAGAAACUGGUGGAGAAUGGAGGCUAAGAUCUGUUAGGCAUCAAAAAACUGCAGCCUCGAUGUACACGGCGUGGAAAGUCAAAAUGGCUUUAUGGUUAAUUGUUAAGCUUUUAAGGUGAAAGUAGGGCAAAGACACCAUGUCAAAGUUGAAACUGGUUUUGUUGUAAAAAAUGCUAAUAUAAAAUAUCAUACCAACAACACAUUUCAGAAAGAUGAUACAGGGACAUGUUUACUAUUGUGUAGCAUUAACUGUCCUCUUUUCCCAACACCCUGUAGAUAUUUCUGAACCCAGCAGACCAGGUUCUGGAGUUUGAAAGUGAAAUGUUGUCCCAGUCAGGCCAGUUUGUUAGCAGGACUCUCUCUCCUAUAGAGCCAUGCUCUUGUUACCCCUGUUGUCAGAAUGUGGUUUGUCGUUGUCUCGCUGAAAUAUGAAGGUCUUCCCCGAAAAAGUCUUUGUCUGGAUGUCAGCAGACGUUGCUCCUAAACCUGUAGAUGUUGUUCAGCAUUAAUUGAGCCUUUGCAGAUGUAGAAGCUACCCACGACAUGGACUCUGAUGAUCCCCAUACCUGUUGCUGAAUGUUGCUGGUAUCAAAUCCGAACUUGAUCCUCAACUAAAACAAGUACAAGGCCUGUGUGUAUUCAAACUGGCAUAAUUGAAAGAAAAUAGUGCAUAAAAAAGUGUAACAAUAAUAAAAUAUAAUUAUAUUUUUCCAAAUCUAUUGAACUGCUAUUAUUAUAAUCAUAAAAUCUGUAAAUAUGUCUCACUGUUAUCUUUUUAUUCUUCAAUCCUUUUGAAAAAUGUUUAUAAAACUGGACUAUGCAGGUACUACUAAAAGACAUUACAGUUAUGUAGGUCUUCAGCACAUCUGUAUUUUUAUCGCUGAUCCUUUUCAGACAUUGUGUUGUAAUAAAACAGCUGCAGCUUCCUGCUGCAGAUAUCAAACAGAAAACUUCUGUGAAUAACACUCAUCUGGACUCCAGAAACAUCAGACCUAUAGCACUGAGAUUCAUCUUUGAGUUCUUUAACUUUUUAAAUCAAAUCUGAGAUGAAGACUGGUGUGAAUAAUCCACGUGUAAGGAGCGAGUGUCAUUUUGUAGUUAGUUUUUAUCACCAAAUGAAAAAUUUUUGAAUAAUAAAGUACUAAUUUGUUUCAGAUAUACUACAAAUUAUGGACAAAGCUUCAAAGAAAGUAUGUCACAGCACCAUUUUGAUGUAGUAGAGAAAUCAACUACAAGUCCCAGAGUGUUUUGCUGUGAAAACGUUCAAAUCAUUCACCUUAAUGUAUAGAUUUUAAACUGAACAAACUUAUUUUAGUGUCUUGAUGCAAUUUUAGUGAGUCCUCCAGCACCUGUGAUGAAAGCUGUAUCCUUAGCAAUGGUGUAUUCUUUCUAGCAACAGCCUUCUGGGAAAAAGCAACAGACCUGAGCCAUCAGGUUUUGUUAUGAAAAAAAAAAGUUGUUGUUUUUUUUUCUUUAAUCUUGUGUUUGAUGCUUCAUACAGAUAAAAUCACUGCAGUAUAGAAACAUAAUGUAAACACCUCCAUUACUGACUUAUACAGGCGCAAACAGUGGGAGUCCUGAAACAUCCAUCAGCACAUGUGACCUGAUGAGCUGCAGACUGAUGCUGCAGCUCUGCUUUAUGACCAAACUCAGAGUUGUGCUGGACUCCAGUCCGUCUGCAGAGCUGGAUUUAUGAGCUGAGCCAGAUUAUUUAUGCUUCCGGGAUUUACACAGAUUCUGGACUUUAUGGUUACCACACUGGAUCUGAAGUGUGAAUGUGGAGGUUAUAUAAUCCACAUGUAGAGCUGACACAGACACAAGUCCUCUUCUGUUUCUGUUCAUUCACUGUACUGUUAUUAAAACCUACUGGACCUUCCUCUGUGUUAUAACCCUAACUACUGGGACCAGUCAAAGGACCUGCUGCUGAAACUACACUGUAAACACGUCUCUGUUGCAAAUUCAGAAGAGACUUGAGACAUGCAUGGGUCUGAAUUGUUGAAUGAAAACUUACACAAAAUAUUUCAAACAACUGCAGCAAGAGAUGAAUUCAGAUCCCCAAAGAUUUAAUGAUGAAGGCUGCCAGCUGUCUUAUCAUUUUACUGUAUGAUUUCAUUGUUGUUAUGGGUGUUAUAUCCUGGAAUAUUCUGUGUAUGAUGGAGGAAAGACAUUCGUUUUCAUUGUUGUUUCAACGUUUAUUCCUCCAUUAAGCUAACUGUGCAUGUAAACGUCCUCUCUGACAGUAUGAGUGGCUAUCACUCGCUUCAUCUCUCCUCCUGUGACCCCACAGUAGAUAUCUAGUAUCCUUUUAGGGUUCUUAGCUGAAAGAAUUUUGGGAAUCCCUGGUUGCCACAGUGGAAACCCUGACCCAACUUGACCUUACUCUAAUUAUGCAUAACUUGAAACCUUAAAAUCUUCAGAGCCAAUGAAUGACAGAAAGAUUCCCCCUGUGCAGUGAGAACAUAUAGAAAAAUGAGCUUUCUUUGCAACAAACUGUAAAUUUGUUCAUUUUAGCUCAUUUGAAUGAGGAACCAGCCUGUAGUGGAGACCUGAGGAACUGCAGUUUUAUCACCUCCACAACAGCUUUAUUUCUUAAGAGAGGGAGUUUGGAGCUUAAUGUGACCGUCUGAAUGUUGAGUCUGCAGAAGGAAAGAGAAAUCCAACAUGGGGGUGUGCACACACACACACACAUGCACACAAAUCCAAAUGGUUUCUUUCAGGCCCGGAUUAAACAGCUCGGCAGUGAAUGUCCUGCAGGGAGCAAAAACUCGUGAAUGGAAACAGAUUUAGCCCCUGUCCCAUUCACACACACACACACACACACACACACACACACACACACACACACACACACACACACACACACACACACACACACACACACACACACACACACACACACACAUGUGAGUCCUAGUGGGCUCAGAGCCCACAUUGUAAAGCUGAACUGUUUGGUCACAUUGUCCUGAUAGAAGGAAACUCUGCACAGACAAACAGUCAGACAAAGAGGAUGUAGAUCAGUUUGUGUCUCCUGCUGAGGUCUUUACUGUCACACAUUAUUUAUCUAAACUCUGUGUCUAUUUACUUUCUGCUGUCACUUUGAACCGACCCUCAAGGUCUCCCUCUGUAGAUUUCUUAGAAAAGAGACAGCAAAUCACACAGUCAAGCACUUUUAAUUCAAACAUACUGGCGGUUUAACACUGCAGGUGUCUUCCUCAGAGUGAAAGGAAACAACCGAUGAGUGAUAACUUCAAAUUGUCUGACUAAAUUAGAUAUAUCUCAGUUUCUCAUUGGUGGAGCAUAAUAUUUGAAAUGUCAUCCAUUCAUACAUAUGAUAAUAAUAUGACAAUAUAUGAUAUACAGUGAAUUAUACAGUGAGACAAACAAACAAAAUCACAUGACAUAAAAUAUACCGAGUACUUGCAGAAUAGAAUACAAUAGAGUAGAACAGAAUAAGAAUGAAGUAUAAAAUAUAUGUAAUAUAAGCAUUGAAUAUGAAAAGAAUAGAAUAAAUAAAUCAGAGCAAGACUGAUUUAUCAGUCAGCUGUUUAAUCAGGCUGAUUAACGGUACUUAGAUGUUGUCAGCUUCAUAUCAUCACCAUCUUUCCAAAUGAAAGACACGUUUAACAGCUUCUCAAAUCUAAAACGGUCACCAGCUGGUGUUUAAUAUGAAUAAUGUUAUAAUUUUAAGAACAAUGCAGUUUCAUAAUAAUGUCAACAUUCACCUUUUGUAUUAUUUUCCUAAUGAUCUCAUACAGGUGAGGGGAAAUAUGAAGACCCUUAUGGUGAUAUUACAUUGAGCCAGGAUUUUUCUGUCUGACAUCUACCUGAUAAAACACUCACAGAGUUCAGAGAUUUUGUUUUUUGUUUGUGAGUUUUGUUAUAUUCAGAUACAACAAUCUGAUAUGGGCAUCAAAUAUCAGCCAAACAUCUCUAAUUAUCAGCAGCAACCUUUGAAAAACUGAUAUCAGUUAACCUCUAUCAAAUUUACAGGAUGCAGAAAGUACCAGAAAUAAACAUACCUGUCUUCACCCCUUGUCUCCUCCCCUUGUCUUCCCCCCUUGUCUACUUUCCUUGUCUCCUCUCCUUAUCUCCUCUCCCCCUGUAGCUAGGUGUGUUCCUCAUUGCCAAGGUGGAGGAUUAUGUCGUCAGUCGAACCGCUGUGUGUGCCGUCAAGGUUUCAGCGGUUACCGUUGUGAGAUUUCCACUAGUCCUACCAGGACCCCGAACCUGAACCCCAAAGAACCAGAACCAGCUUUAAAACCAGGGACCAAAACUUCUCGCAGCAAUUCCGUCAAGAAGAUGAGAGUCCUGAAUGUACAAUCUGGAUCAGUUGCCAUGUACCCAACCACUGAAACUACCACAAAGACUGUGAGAGCACCCAAAACCAGAACAUCAGACCGGAACCGGCCUGCUCCUAGGUCUGAAAUCCAAGAGUCUUGGAAACCUGAAGACAAGGGAGGAGUAGCUAAAGGGUCUCUAAUCCAGGAAGGGAACCAGGCCUCUCCUAAAAGUCUGCAGUUUGGACAGAGAUCUGAAAGUAGGGCAGAACUUUCACCUGAGGUCCAACCUGAGACUGGAAACCCUGAGGAGGGAGUAGGGGUAACAGCUCCACCAAGAAGAUUUAAAAGUGAACUCAAGAAAGGUCUGAAGGGAAGACCAAGUGAAAACCAAAACCCAGAGUCUGUGUCAUGGUCUGAGACUGAGAGUGAGGCACAGGUAAGUGGACUCUCUAAACCAGAAGAUAAAACAUUUAACCAUCAGACCAAGACGACUGAGAGAGUAACAACCCUGACACUGAGACCUGAAGUCGAGGAAAGUCUAAAUCUGACUGAGACUGAGGACAAACUAAACCUAGAGUUUUAUCCUAAGACCAGGAAGGUGUCACAGUUUAAUCUGGAGUCUAAUCCUGGACCCGUCAGAGAAAAAAGUGUGGAUGAAGGAGUGAAAAGAGAGAAGAAAUGGGAGGAGGAGGGAAAACCAUCAGAGGGGAAGAAGAAGGUGGAGAAAAAAGAGGGAGCAAAAAAAAUGCCACUGAGGUAAGAAAACAUACUAAUAUAUAACCUCCAGUAUUUUAUUAGGUCCCCCAGAGAAGAGGACUUUAAAUUUUAGACAAGGGAAUUUAAAGGGAUAUGUAGCAGACAGAAUCUGGAUAAAACACUCCCUUGCUCAUCCCUUCUGUCAGUAAAGCUAUAGUGGCCUUUGAGGGACAAGAAGCUUCUGUGGUGCAUGAAAAUGUGAUCCUCAAUUUUUCAGGUUUCUACGGUCGGAAGGUGAAAGAGAUAUUUUGGUUCUUUACUUCAAGUUAGGUAAAAGCAUGAAAAAUAUGUUAAAUAGACAGCUCAGAAAUAAAGUGUGACAACUGAAAGUAAACUCCUGUUAUUUUAGAAAUGUUACAAAAGAGCAGAAAGGUGGAAUUAAUCAAUAACAGGCACAGGUACAUGAUGAUAACAGAAGAAAACAAACCUGCUGUUUCCCGUGUGACCAGCAGAUGGAGCUCUUCCUCUGAGUAUACAAUACACAACUGCAUCACAGAUGGAGGCUAGAGGAUUUUUCUGGCAAUAAAAACAUUUUUUGUUUAAUUAAAAAUAAAAAAACAGCAUAAAAGAAAAAUUAGAAAAAAAAGUGAAGAAUCUUUUUAGAGAAAAAUACAAGCUCACAAAUCUACAAUUUUUUUUAAAUUUUAAUUUUUAAAAAGUUCAUUUUUCCGUAAAGGGUCAAAAGUCCCAGUAAACAAAUAUGCCCAUUAAAAAAAGUUCUGAAUUUUUUCCCUGAUAGUUUAAAUUUAGGUUUUUGAAAACGUGAGAAUCUUUACAGAGAGAAGAGAUUUUUUUUAAACAGGAACAGCUGUUAUGUCACUCUGAAAAACCACCAAACUCCAUCAACAAAAUGUAUAAAUUUACUACAUAAGAGUCAGUUUUCUCUAUUGUAAUGUUAUAAUGGUAUAAUGGUUAAUUACUAUUGAUUGGUUAUUUCUGGUGAGACACAAUAUUAAUAUUACACAAAAUAUCUCAAAGGAACCAUCUAAAUGAGGCAGUUGUUGAUCAGCAGAUCUGUAUUCAGCAGGUAAAAUUAAAAGUUUUGUUUAUGGAGUUUUGUACCUUAGAGGAAAGUGAUGGAAACAUCUUUCAUGUCUGAGACCCAUACUUAGAUAAAACAAUAAGCUUUAAAUGCUUCUUUGUAUUUCAGAUUUAACGCAUUUCAGUCACUUAAAAAACAGUCAGUGUUUCUGACAGAGGAUUUAUAUCCCUCCCCAGUUCUAAAAGGAUGUCCUGAAGUUUUUUGUCUGUAUGUGAAACCAGAUUCCCGUCAAAGCCUCCUCAGUGUUAAUAUUCAGCUCAACCCCAAGUCAGAGGUUAAAGGUCAAGGAGGUCAAGGGUUCAGAGCCAGGGUCAAGAUGGCCUGUGGGAAAACUGACCACAGGGAGCUGUUUGAGAAGGGGUUCAGGGUGGUCGAGAUGUUUUUGGUCAUCAAAACAACAAUAAUAGACAUGGACAGGAUUGAAAGAGAUGCGUAGGAACAGAUUAAAACAGGAAGUAUCGAACAUCGAAUCCUUCAACGAUCGCUGCAGAAAUGUCAGAGGGUCUUACUCUUUUGGGUUUAUCCUCCCUGGGGCCUGCAUGACCUAAGACGUGCAUCUUAUUGCCUCUGCUUAAUCUGCAACAUCCACCUGGACAUUGUGUAACUCAUAAAAAUAAAGCCCCUUAAGAAACCAGCAGCUGCAACAUGUGAGCUCAGAUACACAACAGAGCUGAAAAAUAAACUCCCAUCAGACUGCAGGGCGUCUCUGAGUGUGUGUUAGAUAUCAGCUCAGGCCUCCACUGCAGAUUAAAAAAUCCUGUUUUUUCACUGAGCUGCAGGAACUAUUUAAGACCAUUUUAAUCAGCAUUAGUUAGAGACUCCGAAAAUUUACCUCCUAAAAUACUUAUUUUAUCAUGAAUUAGUCCAGCGUAGUCACAGGAUGACAGCACCCCCCAUAGGUUUAAAUUUUAAUGCUAGUUUAUGAAGGCAACCUUCAACCAAUAAGGACAGAAGCAGUGAUUGACCUCAGUUUAAAGACGUCUGGUUGAUUCUUUUACUUUGCUUAUUAUGUGCAAGUUGAUGUGUUUGUUAUUUGUGACAGUCUGAGGGAGGCCCAGGCCGUGCUGCUGAGGAAGACUCUGUCACGGGGAGGAAGAGGAGACAAGAUGGCCACUCUGCUGAUGAAGCACAUUGAGAAAGAGAGGAAGAAGCUUCAGCGUGAGACCCUCUCCUCUGGUUAUUCUAACUCCUCAUCACCAUCCUCCUCCUCUUCCAGUGUAAAGACUUUCCACACUCAGAGGGGCCAGUACACCGUCUACUUCACUGCGCCCACAGGUCAGUGGAUGCACAAUGACAGACAGUCAGCGCUGCUCUUAGCCUGGUGGGUUUUUCUGAUAUGAAGACCUGAUCCUGCAGGAGUCAUGUUCGUGUGUUUACAGAGUGUUUAAUGUUAACCAGGAGGGGGCGCUGCAGAUAAGAGAGCAGACAUUAUAAUCAGUCGGGAUUGGAGACGAUAACUCAGUCUGAGUGUGUAUUUAACACACAUACCUCCUCACACAGCUCAUUAUUUGGUGUGAUAACUCUGUGAAGCUGAUACAGUGGUGCUGAGAGAUACACACUCACACACAGACACACACACACAGAGGUCAUGUCUGUCAGCCAUACAUUGUUGUGAAAAAACAAGCUGAAGCUGAUUUAACAGAGCAGGAAUGUGUGUUUUUCACAGGGUGAGUGUUUCAGAUAAGGUGGAUGUUAAUACAGCGUCUUAGUUCAGCCCUGAUCACUGUGAUUACAGCCAAACUCAGUUCCUGUUAUUGUCCAGCUGUGGAGAGAGAAACGAUGGGAGAAUGAGUUCAAUUUAAAGUGGAGGGGGAGAUGGAGUCAUUAAAGUAACCCCAGAGAUUAAAUGAGGAUGUUUGGAGUUCAAUACUAAUGUGACAUGGAUAUAACGGUGCUGAAAGAGUCUCUGUCCAAAUUCAGAAACAGAUCUGGGAUGUUAAAGCUGUGAUUUCAGACCAAAGCAGCUCCUGAUUAGUUGAAAACAUCCUUGUGAGUGUGCUGAUGGACUUACUUAAUACUGGGGUAGUUAAGUAGUUCUGAAAUACUCUAUCAAUACAGCAUGAAUGGUUUUCUCAGCAGAUAUCUUAAACAUACACAUAACAGCUUCAGAGAUGAGAUCAUGCUUUAAGGUUGAGGCCACACUAACAGGUCCCAGAUCAUUAUGUAAUGCUGAUCACAGAGGCUCGAGUCAAUGGAUCCCAAGACAUGAUGAAUGCAAGUAAAAAAGGACUCAUGGUAGAGUGCAGUAGGACAUAGUCAAGUUAAGAAUUUGCAGUUAGUCAAUCAAACAGAGUGAAGAAAUGCAUCAGAUUUAGUGGAGGGAUGGAUUAAAAUGCAGCAAGACAUGCUGAGAAAGAAAUGCAAUAAAGCUGGAAAUACUGCAUGGUGAGGGAAGAAAUGCAGGAGAAAGUGAAAAAGAAACUCAGCAAAGUACAGUGAAAACAUGCAGCAUGAAAAUUGACAUCAGGCUACAGCAACAAAACCAAGUAGGGCGCAAUGAAAACAUGUAAUGCACCGAGAAGAGCUGCAGUAGAGUGUUUGAAAGAAAUGCAGUAAGGUACAACAGGAAAAGGAUGUGCAGUUUAAUAAAGGAGAGCAGCCCAGUGCAGUGAAAUGCAGAAAAUACCCAAAGAAAUGUAAGAAAACACAGAGUGGUACUGCAGCAGUGCAGCACAGACAUGAAGUACAUAGAGCACAGUGGAGAAAAUGCAGUUCAGUUCAGGAAGAAGUACACAAGUACAUAAAAAAACAGAAGGGAUGGUGAAUAAAUCCAACUCAGUUCAAACAACUUUAUUCAUUCCUGAAAGGCAAUUCAAUUUUGCAGGAGAGUGAGGAGGUAAAAAGUGAAAGCGAGCGUCAGAACACAGUGCAUUUCACAAAUGCAGUACAGUGUGGUGAAAGAUUGAUGUAGAUGCUGUGACUGCACAAAGAUGACUGCAGUUAAGCACUAGAGUGCAGUGAAAGUGCAGCAGAAUAGUGGAGGUAUAAAUCAGUGGGGUCCAGUAAAAAAACGCAGCUUACAGUGGAGAUUUUAAGUAGAGUGCAAUGACAAUAUGCAGCAGAAUGUAGAAAGUGCAGAACAGUGCAGUGAAUAAAGUAGUAAAGUGCAAUGAAAAAAUGGAGCAGAGUGCAGAAGUAUGGGAGUGAUCUUUGAAAAAUGAGUGCAAUGAGGAAAUCCAAUACAAUAAAGUCAGUACAGUGAAGACAGUGCAAUGAAAAUGUCCACUAAAGUGCACUAAAAACAGAACAAGGUGCAAUGCAGUGAAAGCAGUGCAGUCGAGAGCAGUGAAGUCAAUGCAGUGUGGUAAAAAAAAGUCAGAAGAGUGUAGUCAAGAUGGUGCAGUGCAGUACAGUAAAAGUGCAGUGGAGAAGUGCGGAAAAGCAGCAGGAUGCAGUGAAGAGGUGCAGGAGAGCUCAGUCAUAAAGUGCAGCAGGUGAUGUUACAGAAAUUAAUUUAAGUGUGGAGGAAAAAUGCAUUAGAGCAACAAUGCAGAUGUUGGUAGUUUGCAUUGAAGAAGUGCAGUAUGGUCCAUUUAAAAACACAAUCAUAUCAAGUAAAAAAAAAAAAAACAGUAGUAGUUACGAAUAAACUGUGACACUCAGUAAAGUUCAGUGGAGAUGUCUGAAUAAUUGAUGAGUCUGGGGUCACCACAGUGAGGUCUGAAAAACAAAGGUGCUUCUGCAGGUGUGAAAAUGGGUUCUGUAGUCACGUUGAAAUCAAGUGUUUCUACUGUGUUCAUGUUUUUAGUUCAGUUUCAGCUUCACUGCUUCAGGCUUCACACCGAGGCCUUGUGUGCGUGUGUGUGUGUGUGCGUGUGUGCGUGCGUGCGUGCAUGCGCGCGCGCCGUGUCUGCAGUCAGGACAUGAGCUCAUACACAAACAGUUGCAGGAACAACCAGAGCCUCUAUUCCAAUAAAACAGCCCACAAUCCUCCAAUCUGAAGGGGCCCCUGAGGCAGGUCUGGGGUCCCUCAGGAAAUCCAGACCAGUUUGAUCACUCCCGUAGAUCAGAUUGAUUUCCUUUCAGACCCAGUUUAUAUUUCUAAGUAUGACUGUUUGUUGACCAAUGAUGAAAUUUUUAACCUACUUUCUGAGCUGUGACUUAAACUCCUCCAACAGACAGAAACAUAAACCCAAUAAGGAGGAUUUAUUAUCAGUAUCAUUUGUCUGGAUUAUGAUACAAACAUGUUCAUUCUUACAGCUGCAGGAUGUCUCUAUCACACAAACAUUACACCCUUUUCUAAAGUAACGCUUUCCUAAACUGACAUACAACACAGAAAAUCUUUUUUUUCUUUCCUUUUUUUUGCAGGAGGCAUCAACACGCUUGAGUCCCACACAGUGUGUUAAAUGUUAUUUUAAUAGAGGAACAUUCUCAUCCCGGUUAAAAAAAAGUAGGAAACAGAAACAAGGUUAAAAAACUGGUAACAUUUAGGGCUCUAUUUUCGUGUACGCUGGUGAGGCGGCGGAGGGUGGCGGACCCUGCGCAGUUGUAUUUUUGUCUGGCAGAGCCCGGCGUACAGCCAGUUUGGUAUUUUCGUGGACUGAGGCGCACGGAGGCGAACCGAGAUCCGCCAAGCUGGGCGUGGUGGCGUGGCAGGGGGAGGUGUCGACAGAAUCAGCGGGCGCAGUGACAUUUUCGUGCUCGCCAGUGGCGUGUAAAGUGCGCUGAAAGCUCGCCGAUUCAAACCUGGUCAGCUUUCAGCGCAGGUGGAGCGCAGCUGAUCUAGUGGUAUUUUGGUAGACCUGCGGCGUAUCGACAUACGUCACCGAUGCCUCACCAGCAGGUUUCCACAGUGUCAGGCACAUUUCAGUGCAAUAAAUAAUCAUCAACAACUAAUAAUCUGACUCAGCACAUACAUUUAGAGAUAUAUAGAUAUAUUCUGAUCUAUAUCUGAUCUGAUGAGCGCAUUUGGCACGCGUUUGGACACACAACCUGACCAAAUCAACACAGCUUAAACCGCAUUAAAUUAAAUAAAAUAUACAAUAAAUAAACACACAUGAUGAAGUUAACAAGACAUGUAAUGUGUCUCCCUCCUUUUCUUUCUUCCUCUUCCUCUUAUUUCUCGUGCAGCUCGACCUGGACAUGUCAUUUACACACAGAUGGUUCCGAUUUUAAUGCCAUUUUUGGAGUUUAUGUUGUGAUCUGUGCGCUCAACCCACCUUUGUCACGUGAGGUUUGAAUACAUGCAACUUUAUGUGAGUGUCUUUAUUUGUGGAAAAGGGUGAUUGUCUUACCAGUGGGUCCAACAUUACACACACCAAAUCCAUCUGUGCUCAUAUGAGAGAGUGUGGAGGACGCCCAAUGCAGCGUUUACAGUGACACUUGUUGAGGAGCUGCCUUCUGUCGCCAUCGUGUGGCAUUACUGUCUUCAAACAUCUCUUGAACUCUUUGACUACUUCACGAAAAUAGUAUCUCUUUGACUACUUCACGAAAAUAGUAAUACGCCUUGCCGGUGGCGGAUUUAAAGGCAAGGAGAGGAGCUUAUGUGAUUGGUGAAAACGGGUCUCGGCUGUGUUAAACCCACUCCACGCCCUCUCUCCUCCCUCGCUACGACUUACGCCGCUGGGAGGAGCUGAGUUAGGGAGGGGGGAUACUUACGCCGGGCUGUGCCGCUCACCAAAAUACCAAAUUGUGCUUGGAAACGCCUUGUCGGAGCGGCGGACCUGACUUACGCCGUGCCUGCGGCACGUCUCCAACGAGGCACGAAAAUAGAGCCCUUAAAGUUAUUGAUUAGACUGUUGAGUCUUAACAGGUUGAAAUAAUCCUAAAAACCCUGAAAUUCUUAAAACUAUGGGUGAAAAGCCAGGCUCUAACUGCCAGACAUCAAGUAUCAAACCACUCAAAGAAGAUCUCUAGUUGUUUGUGAGGAAGAGCUUUACAUUUACCAAAUAUAAUACUUUACCAAAGCAGAGGAUAAAGAAGGAGGGAAUUGCACUUUUAAUUCAAAAAUAGUUUCUUGUGAGAGGGGGAUACCUCCAUGGCCAAACACACCCAAUCAAAUCAAACCCAAAUGCAAAGGCGUCAGCUGGCUUUAGGCUGUAAAAACUCAGUCACCUCCAUCUGCUGCUGCAGCAGAACAGUCAACCUCCUCACUCAAAGCAGCCGAAUAAAUGCACAUAAACUUAGUGGCAGUCCCAGUGUAAGGUAAGUGCAUAACUUUGUUUUGGAAAAGUGAGGCUGCUGUCAAAGUAACCCUGAGCUCUGCUUUACUCUGAGAGUGCUUUAACCAAAGGAAGGACCAGAUUUCAGGGUGUAACUUCUUUGAGCAAAUAAUGACUAUUUCAGUUUUAUUUAGGUUUAAUUUUAAGAAAUAUGCUGCCAUAUAGUUUUCAGUAUGAGCGAGACAGUUAGUCACGUCUGAGGGGUUGAGACUUCUAUGUGAUUCAGCCGGCGGACACAGCUGAGUGUCGUCACCGUAACAAUCAAAUAAAACAUAGUGCCUCUGUGUUAUUUAGCCUAAUAGCAGCAUGGAAAUUGAAAAGAAAAUUGGCCCCAGUAUUGACCCCUGAGGAACUCCAUAAUGCACUCUAGAGUAAAAGGUCACCUGCUCCAAAUGACACGACAAUUUCAGUGAAUCAAGUCAGGCGUAACAAUACAAUGUCUUUUAACCCUUUAUUUGUUGAUUUUAGCAAAAAAUUGUUACAUACCCCCCGAAACAUCAGCACACCAGUUGUUUGGUGAGCUGUGGGCCUCACAGAGCUUUAAUUUUGCAUGAUUUUAGACAGUUAACAGCUGAUUCUGCUGCUGUCCUGGUCUUUGCAAAGCUAAAUAGAGGUGUUUAAUUCAUUAUUAAGUUAUCAGCCAUUCUCUUUUAGUUCGAACUAAAUUUCCCAAUUUAUAUAUAUCAGGCUGUAAACAUGUUUAUUUCUGCUGUAAAGUUUUAGCAUGAGGUUCUACAGGGACUAACUCAGUUUUGGGGGACCUCAGAAGAAGUUAAAGAGGAGAACACAUUCGCGAUAAAGUCACUGAAAGGAGACAAACUCCUCCACCAAGUUCAGAUAAAAAUGCCAGUGGCAUAUUUUUCUACUGCAUCAAACAGAAAUGAUCCUCAGAUGUAGUUUAAAGUUAGUUUUUGGACUUUCUCCGAGUCCUGUGGUCAGGAGCCGCUCUGAACCUGGAGAUGUUUUGUGAAUGUCGACCUCUGAAACUCAAACCGGGGUUGCAUCAUCACCCUGUCGUCCUCCGCUGUUCUGGGGUCUGUUAUGAAACUGUGUGCAGAUACAAGCCCUCUGCUCGCACCAAGGAACAGCCAAUAAAGACAGAGGAGAGAGGGAGUCAUGUACUAAUACUUCCUCUGCCUCGCUCUCUCAGUGUGGACUGAUGGACCAGAUCCCUGCUAAACAUUUUGUUUGGACUUGAGCCCAGUCCUGCACACUGCUUUCAAUUAUCUCUCUACCUCUCUCUCUCACUUCUUUGCUCAGACACACUGGUGCUGACUCGCUCACACUCAGGGGUGUUUAGGGAAAACUAGAGUACAGCAAGAGAGAGAGAGAGAGAGAGAGAGAGAGAGAGAGAGGGAGAGAGAGAGAGGGGCGAGUAUUUUCUUCUCUGAAACUUUUGUCCUGCGACAUUCAUUUCUACCCCAGCACAGAGUAGGACAGAGAAAGGGAGAAAGGGAGAGAGGGACGAGCGAGGCAGAGUUAGACAGGAGGGGUUCAGUAGCUCAGACAAUGCAUCAGAAACUUUAACUGUGACUCUAAAAAUGCUACAGACUCGACUCUGCUCUUUUUUGUCAUCCGUCCUCAUUGUCUUCUUCUCUCCUCUGUUAGCCGAUGGACAGACUGUCACAGAAGGAGGAGGAAGAGGAGGCGUGGAGAGGAUUCAGGUGAUGUUUACACCGACCAUCUGCAAAGUGCGCUGCAGCCAGGACCGAUGUGUCAACUACUGCGAGAGAGGAAAUGUGACCACGCUGUACAGCAGCACCGAGGGGGGAGGAGGAGGGCGGAGAGACAGCUCCCAUGGACCUGGUUUCAGAGUCUGUGAGUUUAACUUUUAACUUAUUCACACCUAAAUGCAUGAUCUCUUCCUGUGCAGGGGAGAACAAUACAGCCUCAAGACGCAUGCAUGCUGACUAAAGAGUCUGAAAUACACCUGCAAGAGGAAAACUUUCAGUCCUGUCCCGUUAGGUUAAAGGUGUCUACAUGUCCAACCACGAUCAGGAUCAGAUUAACAGUUUACUGCCUAAUAAAUAGUAUCCCAUAAAUAUCAAAACCUGCAAAAUCUCAGCCUGCAAGGCUGGUAUCCUAUUAACGUGACUUCAGAACCUGAAGAGAUCCAGCACAGUGAGGAGGAUUUAUUAGCACUAAUAAAUGUUGGUACACUGUUCAAAAUGCUGAUUAAAUCAGAUAUUAUAAACAAUAUUUAAAUUACCUCACUGGGUCGAUGCCACAAAUAAAUUUCAAAAUAAGUUGGUACAGGGUCAACCAGACAGUUAAAAAGUUAGGGAUCAUCAGAGUCCAUGUCAUGGGUAUCUUCCACAUCUGUGAAGGCUCCAUUAAUGCUGAACAAUAUCUACAGGUUUAGGAGCAAUAUCUGCUGACAUCCAGACAAUGAGGUUUCAGGGGAAACCUUCAUAUUUCAGCAAGACAAUGACAAACCACAUUCUGACAACAGGAAUUACAACAGCAUGGCUCUGUAGUAGAAGAGUCCAACUGCUGAACUCGACUGACUGCAGUCCUGACUGAAAACAUUUGAAGCACCAGGAGGGGUUUUUGUGCUUUCAGCCACAUUUACACUCAAAGACCAAAACACUGACUUUACACACUUAUUUUAAAACAGGAGUCACUGAAGCACCAAACAGAGAGAUUCAGGGUCAGGAAUCCCAUCAGAGUGCAGUCCAGAUUUGCAGUUAAACUCAACAUGUGAGGUUUCAUGUGAAGCGUGUGAAGCCGCUCCAGCUUUGUCAUGUGACUUGCAGCUGUUUGAUGGUUGGCCGAGCUUGCCAUUUGAAGCAGAGCCAGCAAAUAGUUUUGGAUUGUGAUCUGAUCCCAGGUCAGUAUUAUCAAAUCAAAUCCAUCAGGGUGUUCGAUUGAUCUUGAGUUUCAGCUCAUUCCUCUGGAGACCUGAGGGGAGAUUCUGCAGCUCAGAGGUCCACAAUUUGAAAGGGCUGAUCUGUGUCGUUUCAUCAGAUCAUACUUGAAAAAAAUGUUGGAAUACUUUAAUUUCUGGUUUUAGAAGUUUCACUUUAAUACACUUUACAGUGUACGAUACUCUGUCUAAAAGUAUAAUAACAAGUGAUAAAUGGGUCAUAAGUUUAAAUCACGGCCAGGAGCGGAGGGUCUUUUUCACCUGAAAGGGGGUAUAAAUUUCAUAAAUGUCCAAUUUCUUACCAAACUCCAAAGUUUAUCCCAUCAGUUUAAAACUUUAUUAUUAUUAAUUUACUAACUUUAUAACUUCAUUUUAAGUGCAAAAGUUUUCUUGGAUAUUUAAAACUUGGAUCAUUGGACAUUUAAGUAUUCAUUCCCAUAAAUUUUCUACCGUGAUCUUGCUUAUUCGUGUCUUUUUUUAUUUUUAUUUAGAGUUUAAAUCCAAAAAAUUAAAAAAUAUUUCUUUAAAUUUCUAUUUUUAAUCUUGUACAUUUAAGACCUCAUUAAAAAACACAUAUGUUUGCUAAUAAAAGUCUUCACUCUUAUCGUAAUAUCAGAUGUUUUACUUGAUUAAACUUAAACUUUAUUUACUCAAAUUUAAUUCUUGUAAAUUUACAGUUGUUUUUUUUAAGUUAUUAUUCUUGUAAAUGCUUGGCAUAAAUCUCAUCAAUUAAAGACUUUAUUCUUGUGUUUUAACAAUGUUGUAAAUGAUCAACAUUGAUCUAGUAAAUUUAAGACUUUAUUUUGUAAAUGUAAUCCCUAUAAAUUGGACACUUCAGUCUCUGAAAUUUAAUACUUAAUCUUAUAAAAUUUGAUUUCAUAAAAUGGACAUAAAAUUUGUUCAAUUAUGAUCUUUUUUUUUUUUUUUACAUUAAUGGCUUUUUCUUUUAACUUCUUUUCUUCCUAAACUAAAUCUUUCCUCUCUUAAAUUUAUAACUUAAUUUUCCAUGUCUUCAUUUGAUUAUUUUUCCCUUAAUGUGGCCCUGAUGCGUUUCAAGCCAGACUAUAAGUCCUCCUAGUAAGGGCCUAGAAACCUCUCCUGAGCAUGCUCAGAACUUCUGACUCUCUGGGCUCUGACUCACUUGUGUGGGGCGGCAUCUUUGAACGUUUUAUCCUUUUUUUUAUUCGUCACAUUUUUGCCUCUAGCAAACAGAAAGUCCUCCUCUUCUUCUCCUCCUUCUUUACUGCUUCAUUGAGAAAAACCAGGUCCAUCUGCUGUUCUUUGUCUCCAUUCGCUAAAUCAGAUAAUUAUGAGCAUUUGCGGUCAUUUUCUGCUGCACUGAUUUACCUGCAGCUCAGAGGAGAGUUUGAGCUGCAGUUCAGACACAGAAACAAAGAGGAGCUCAGGGAGGAGGAACAGCUGACAUAUGGCUUUCAUUUAUCAUUAAGUUAACCCUCACACACACACACACACACACACACACACACACACACACACACACACACACACACACACACACGUGCCCAGGAUAUCUGGAAAACUGGAGGCAAGGUACAACUGGACAGCAACGCACACAAACUCACAAAAACAUAAACUCACAAAGUGAUGUAAAGAGAGAGGGGGGUGGUGACAUCAUUGUUUUAAAAGGUCACCCUUUCCCCUAACCCCCCACUUCGGCCCCCUGGAUGAACUUUAUCGACACAUACAUAACAGCGAUGUAACUACUACUACCUGAGUGUGUAUGUGUGUGUUUGUGUGUGUGUGUGUGUUUGUGUGUGUGUGUGUUUGUCACCUGAGGCCAAAAUCAGACAGAUUAUUAGUCAGACAUUUAGAAGAACAUAUUUUUCAAAAGUUUCAACACCACAAACAAAGCUCAGAGUUUAUUUUUAGCAAGGUAAUUAGCCAAAAUGACAGCUGUCACUCAAAGAAGCCACACCCCUGAGUAUCAAUACCUGUAAUCCCUUGAUAUACACAGGUGUUCUCCAUGAACUCAGUCAUACUGUUGUCAUAAAUAGAGACCCUAACUUUUUUUUGUUUCAGGCUGUAGACAUGUUUAUUUCUGCUGUAAAGUUUUACCAUGGGACUCUAUGGGGACUGACUCACUUUUGGGGGCAGCCUUAAGUGGACACCUGAGGAACUGCAGAUUUUGGGACUUUCUUAAUAGCUCAGUUUUCUAGUUUAGGAAGUUGAUAUCUAGACAGACACACAGAGUGGAGUUGGUGAACACAGUGGUAGAGUUUAUCUCAGGAGGGGUUGGAGACAAAAACAUCUUCAAGAGUAAGAAUAUUAUUCUUCAUAAAGUCAGAGGGACUAAAAAAUACCCAUCAAAUUGAGCAACAAUUUUAGUUCUUUUCUGCCUAACAAAGCGGAAAUCAAAAUUUGUUGAAUAACUUUACAGGAGUCAGUCAGGAGUGAUGUUAAAACUGACUCUGACUCUACAAAGACACUUCCCUGGCAGGGGUCCUUGGUAAAAUUUCUUCUAGAAGUUAGGAUAAGCUAAUGCAAACGCAGCAUAAUAUAAAUAACCCAGAGCAAGUAGGCAGUGAUACCAACAUUUAUACCAAUAAAUAUACAAAGUUUGAAGACAAAGGAUCAUUUUCAUAUGUAGGACAGUAGAGUGGUCUUCACAUCUGUCUGUUUACACUCAGCAUCAUAUAAAUUUGAACAAUGUCAUCAGGGUAGAGGUCUCUGUAGCCUCGUCCUCCGUCAUGCUGUAAAUAUACCAGCUGUUUUUUAUAUCAUGUCUUGUCACAUGAGACUUAUCUUCCCAUCUCCCCCCAGCGGACGAUGAUUUCAAGCUGUGAGUGGUGAACAAAGACCUCUGGGAAAUUUCAGGGUAGAGUUCCUGUAAAUCUGAAAGAAAUUUCAGGCUUGCAUGUGUGAAGAGUCUAAAAUCAUCUGUUGGAUAUGCACCAACCCUUAAUGAAUGAUUGUGUUGCUCAGAUAAUUGCUAACAUGUUAGACAUCAGGACUUCAAAGCUGAUGAACCGUUACAUGUCAGGUUGUUAGUCAAAGUGUUUCUUAAAGCAAACUAUCAAACCACAGAUCUGUCAACUCUGACUGAGUCAUCCUCAGUCUUAUGUUUCUUUCUGUUUAUUCCUCCUCUCCCUCUCUUCAUGUUUGUACCAUUUCAUUUAUUUAAUCUCUCCUUGUUUAUGCCUGUGCACUCCUUUUUUUCCAUUUCUGUGUUUUUGCUCUCUUUUGCCCCAGUUUUCUCCAAAAAAAACCUCCUCCAAACAGUGUGUGAGUGCUGAUGCAGUCCAUCUGGAGGGCGAUGUCCAGGAUAAUAAUUAGGUCACUGUGUUUACACCAACACACAUGCAGCAAUUCACUGAGUGUGUGUGUGUGUGUGUGUGUGUGUGUGUGUGUGUGUGUGUGUGUGUGUGUGUGUGUGUGUGUGUGUGUGUGUGUGUUUCACAAGAAAUGCUUGUAGGAUGAAAAAACACUGAAGAGGGGAGAUUUACACACUCUCUUUAGAGGGUGUGGACAUGAACACACACGGUUUAACUUCAGAGUAGACUGAUUCAAACACACAGAUGGGGUAUUUAAACCCCCCAAAAACGUUAACAGAAAACUAAAACAUCUGCAGAUAGAACUCAAAAAUGCAUUUUUACACACUGGCAGGGUCUUUAAACACAGAAAAUACUACACACAGCUCUUAUACCGAGUUUUAAGUUUCUGUACCUCAACAGGUUUUUGGUGUCUGCAGGAAAAAAAGUCUGUAUGGAGAGCAAAAGCAGGAGGAACAUAAUGUGUAACCUUGUGUAUCAUCAUCAAGUUGUAGGAACUAUCAAGCAGCAACAGGAGGAGAGAGCAGGAGAAGUAGAAGUGUGUUUCUGAAAAGCAGAGGAGGAUAGAGGUUGUAGCCUGUACGCUGAACAGUGGGAGUCUAUGAGGAUGUUUUACUCGGUUCUUAGCUCUUGGAGUGUGAACACAUUGGCUAUUUUCAAAUUCUCCUACUGCAUACUCCUGUCAAACGCCGUAUGCAGUAUGUACUGCUUACUACAUUUUGGGUAAAUUAGCAUGCACUGCCAGUAUAGCAGGGAAUUCAAAAACAGCCAUUGACUGGAACUGGGAUGUCCAGCUGUCCUUAAAUUACAAAAACAGUUCAACCAGCCCAAAUACCAGUUUGUUCUAGUUCUUACAGCUCAUGUUGGCCUCUGGAUAGAUAUUAUUAAAACUCUAUACCACCACUGGGUAACUGUUUGCAGAUCUCUAACUGGUUAUGGGCUGUUUUGAGGUCGAGCUACUGAUACAGAUCACCAUCAGAGUAACCCACUUUUUCAGUUGCAGUUUUCCUUCCUGCUGCAAAGACUUCUGGGUAGUAUCAGCUCAUUAGCGGCUGCUCCAGUACCCGUUGAACUCUGGGUAACAAUGCAGCAGGAAGGAGGUAGGAAGCGGCUGGCCAGUUCUGCUGGCGCCCGGUCCACUUUCACCUCCGUCCCAUCAGGGCAGCAGGCUUUGUUUGAUUUCCAUGUGUCACCUGACCUCUGAGGUCUCCUAGCAACAGAGGAGAGGGCCACACCCAAUAACACCUCCCAGAAUACAUCUGUACCGAGGCCUGACAGUAAACAGGAGAGAGUGUUGUGAAAUGGAUGGAGAGUGUUUCCAGACCAGCAGUAAAUGUGAUGGAUGUGUGUUAGUGUUGGCUUCAGACUAUUUGUGUCAGUGUGUGUGUGUGUUUGUGUGAGAGAUGGGGCCAGUUACUAAAGUGGUGUGAAUGUGACAUAAGUGUCUUUUAUUUGUAUGUUUUUUCUUUGAUCAGUGUCAGUUUUAACCUUUGGUGCUGACCUGACCCACUUUAAACAGAUCAGACUCAAACAUGUCAAAGUCCUUAUGUUUCAGUUUCAAGUAAGUGAAUCCGCUGGUCCAACUGAACAGACUUGACUUUAAAUUGCAGACACAAGUUUCAAUCAUCUUUUUUUUCUUUUCCCUCAUCUUCUUUCAGUCUAAGCUGCUUCAGAUACUUUGAGAGCUCACCUUGUUUACACCUGCAGUUUUCAUUCUCACAUCCUGAGUUCCAGCUUUUACCUUCUUGCAGGACGUUAGAGUCUCCAGGUCCAGGCUUGACCAUUACAGACACUCAUUCCUGAUGAUGUCAAUUAAACUUCUGAAUCACUUUUAAAUGGGUGUUUAACGUAGAUUUUUGAGUCUCCCAAAUCUAGACUCAACUUCAUGACUCUACCGUUACUAACAGAUAGAGGGCGCCUUCACAAACAUCAGAUUGUCUGAUCUGGUCUCUGUGUCCCCACUGCAGUCCUCUGCCCUCUGCUGUGUAAGAAUGGCGGCGUCUGCCUGCAGAAGGAUCGCUGCCUCUGCCCGCCAAACUUCACCGGAAAGUUCUGUCAGAUCCCCGUCGCCCCUGUCGCAGUCACUGCCGCAGCCUCACUGCCCUCCUCCACCAACGAGAUCGUCAAGCCUGCCCAACUCUCCGCCACAGCAGCCAAUCAGGAGUUGACCCAGUCUGAGUUCCUCCUGCCGUUGGGGCAGCACCAGGAGAGGGGGAGACCUGGAGGUGAGUUUGACCUUUGACCUCUGACACAAACAGGCUGCACACCUAAAAGAGAGCUUUCUGCUGAGUUUAAAACAAUUAUGCCUCAUUUGUGAAUUAAUUUAACAGGAACCGUAAAAUGAAACAUCGCUGCUGACAGAUCACCAAUACAACAGCUGUUUGGUAAAGAUGAUGCUUGAUGGGAAGUGUAUGAAAGAAAACAAACAUAAACCAACAGUUUGAAAAACUAGAGCCAGAACCAUUUAAACAGUACAGCUGUAAAAGUUUGGGAAGUUCUUAGGUGUUAGAGAGUGUGGUUAACAUAUCAAUCAGUCAAUCAAUCAAACUUUAUUUUUAAAGUAUACAGCAAAUCAAAGAGGACCGAGAAUGGAGCCUUGUGGAACACCAGAACAAAUGUGGCGAGAAUUUUAAAGCCAUGCGUUUUUUUAAAGCUGUGAUGUAGACAUAUUUUCACGAUUGUUUUGUUUAGCUCCCAGCCCCUCCCUGGUGAAAGUUAGAGUGCAGCACCCCCCAGAGGCCAGCGUGAAGAUCCACCAGGUACUCAAGGUGCGAAUAUUGUGCAAACAUAUUCAUCUUUUCCUUGGUCUUCAUUUUCAUCUAUAUCCUCCUCGUCUUCUUUGAUGUCGUCUUCUUUGUCUUGGUCAUUUUCCUCCUCUUAGAUAUUUUUCUUCUUUGCUUUUUUUGUCUUUCUUAUCUUAAUCUGGUUUACUUUCUACAUUGUCGUCCUUGUCUUCUUACUCAUCUACUUCAUCCUUGCUGUCUCAUUCACUUUAUUUGCCUUCAUCAUCUUCUUCCUCAUUUAAGUUUUUCUUCUUCGCCUUUUUGUCAUUUUGUCCUUCUCAUCCCUCUUCUCUUUCCCAUAGCAGGUGUCUGGAUACACUCCAAACCUGCAGACCCUCUCCUCCUCCUCUUCCUCCACAUCUGGAUCAGCAGGUGCCCCGGCUCCAUCAGGUGGAGCGAUCCAGGCUCAGACUGUGAGAGGAGGCGGCACAUACACCCAGCAGUCUGGGUUUAAGUACUGUUUCAGAGAGGUGAAGGAUGGACAGGUAAGAGGGAGAGAAGAGGAGGAAUUUGUGAAAUAGUCCUUUAGUACUGAAAUCACGUUGUGGUGGUUGGAUUUUUCGCAAAAGGUGAUUUUCCAGUUUCUCUGCAUCUGUACAUUAUCUGCAGAUGUCCUUGUAAUGAGCGCGAAUAAGCUUAAGUAUUUUAUUGCAGCAUAAAUCUGAAACAGUGAAAGUCUGAAUCGGUGAUUUAUCGUCAUGAUGCUGUCAUGAGCUGUGACUGCAGACCGAACUCUCUGGAUCAUAUUAGCUCUCUGGCUGCAGACAUUCAGCAUGUUCACACUUCUCUGAUAGAAAAUCCCUCUUUGGCCAUAUUUCACUCUGGUGAUAAAAUGCAGAUUUGUUUAAUCAGCUGCAGUAGCUGCUGUCACACAGACUUCAUGUUCAACUUUGAAAACUGCAACAAGUUUCACAACCACUACACAUCGAUCAUCUCUGUCGUCUCCUAGUUUCAGAGUGACGUUCAACAUGAGUCGUGCCAAACACUUCAGAUAUGACACAGAAGGACUGCAAUCUUAAACCAACGAUAUUUAAGGAUUGAUUUUUCAGUCUUACUGCAGAGCAUUUAUGAAAAGACAAGUUUUUGCUUGUUAUUCAAGUUGUUAAACACUAUCCAGGGACAUAAUGUUUUCAUUGAUAUUCAUUUGAGGGCAGUUCAACAAAUUAUUUCUAAAAAUCCCAAAACUGCGAUGAAAUUCAAGUUUAAAAUUCAAUUAUUUCACAUUUUAGAAACAGUCCAUAUCCACAGUGUAAAGCAGUUUUUCUCAGUGCUUUGAUUUGUGAAUCAAGUAAUUGCAUACUGUAUGACCUUGGCUUUGCUCUGCUGCGCCAGGGGGAUCUGAAACCAUGAUGCAGAGGGAAGAGACAGCUUCAGACUGUUUAUUCUAUCAAAUACAAGGUUUACUUCUAUUAUUCCUGGAAUUCAUCUCUGUUUUACAUGAUGAAAUAUGCAGAAGUGCACAAUAACUAUCAGUGUUAAUGUGGUGUGCGGUUGUGCUAAAUUUUAAUGACACACAGGGAUCCCUGGUUAAUGUCACAGCUUUGGCACGUCUCAGGAGUUCCAGUGUGGCUGUUUUCCCUGAUUCAUAUGGAUCCUGUAGGUGUGAAACUGUUGUUCUCAGCAGCCUUGAGGCUCAAACCGGAGUUUUCCUCAGCACUGCAGAUUUCUUUGAUUUAGUUUCCUCAUCAGGUCUGUGAUGUUCACUCGCACUCGAAAGUGGUGCUCUGUUUGCAUUUGUGACGCAUCUGUUUGCUUAGCUCAGAGUGCUUUAGUGGUAUUUUGGUAAAUUUUGAUAUUUUAAUUCUGUGUGACCCUGAGGGCAUUUUAUGUUUGAUUAGAAGAGCAGAUGAUAUAGCAUAAAAGGACAAAAUUAAGUGUAACUCAAACACAGAAUGUGUUCAUACGUUUAAGUCUGGUACUAUCUCUUUGUAUAUACAGUAUUUUAACUUCUGAGUGUGUGUGUGUGUGUGUGUGUGUGUGUGUGUGUGUGUGUGUGUGUGUGUGUGUUUAGUGCAGCUCUCCUCUGCCUGGUCUGAGGAGCAGGGAAAUGUGCUGCAGAGGGAUCGGGAAAGCCUGGGGUAUCACUGACUGUGUCCUCUGUCCUGAAAACACAGGUAAAUAUGCACACACACACACGCACACAGACGCACACACACACACACACACACACACACACACACACACACACACACACACGCGGACAGAUUUGAACCCCCUGUGUUUUAUUUACAAAAUGCAUUAUUGACACCACAGACAAAGAAACAGACUUAAUUUAAUUAUGAUUCAAGACUUCUCUCUUCCUGCUUCUCUCCCUACUCUCCUCCUUCUCCUGCUCCCCUCUCACCCCUCCUGCUCCUCCUCAUCCUGCUCUCCAUUCUCUCUCCUCCUGUAUCUGUCUGUACCCCUUGCUCUAUGUUGUAGAUUCUCACUAACUUCCUGCUACUCCAAACUUUGCUCCUUAUUUAUCUAAACUGCUGGUGAGGUGAAUGAAUCUUUAAAAUCAUUAGAUUACUUCUUCAUUUCUUUGAUUAAAGUUCUUAAUAUUUCAAACAAUUAAACCUUUAGAAGAAUAUCUGAAUUUAACUUUAAUUAUUUCUUUUGUAACUUUUAUUUACUUAGUUUCUUUCCACUGGUGACUUUCACUGAAAUUUGUUCUGACGCUGAGGAACCAAUGCUGUUUUUCCAAAAAUACAGACGUCAUAUGAAUGUUUAGAGAUUUCAACCAAAAAUAACAGUCAUGCCAAACACAAACACACACACACGCACAGAGGAACAUAGAAAUAUUUCUCUGCCUCUUGCUCUGUGAAGAUUUGAUACUUUAUGACUCAAAUAUUUUGAAAAUGAGCCAUCAGAAGCUACUUAUAUAACAACCUGAUAUUAUCAAACACACACAUGCGUGCGUGCACAGACACACACACACGCACACACACACACACACACACACACACACACACACACACACACACACACACACACACACACACACGCACAGAGUAAUGAUGCCUCCUCUGUGUUCAGCAGAACUGACUAACAGUAAAGGAAUGUGCUCUGUGGGUCUGUAGUUCUGUAGCACACACUCCAAACAUCUGCACGUGUGUGUGAGUGUGUGUGUCGAAGAAGUCGUGUAAUACGCUCACUGGCGCCAAACUCUACAUCAGUCUGUCAAAUCAGAGAAAAUGACGUAAUAUAUCUUAAGAACCAGAGAGUGCCGACAGAGAGAGGAGAAGAAAAAACAAUAAAAACAUUAAUGGGGUUUGGUGGGCAAGAUGUUUGACAUCUCAGACUGGUGUGAUGUCUCCCUCCACUCUUGGCCAGUUCAUCAAAAAUACAUCAUAAACAAACACACACACACUUAAAACACACACACACACACACACAGCUUCCUGCUCCCUGUGUGAUUGUUUCUUGUGUGAUCAAUAGCCUGAAACUGAUCAUUUUUAUCAUCAGGUCUAAGCAACAGCAGCUGUCCCAUCGGUUUUGAGAGAGCCAAUGCAACGGACUGUGUUGGUGAGUCUUACACACACACACACACACACACACACACAAAUACAGGCAGAAGGUCAGAGGUCAAACACAGGUGGAUAAAUGUGGAUGCAGUGGUUCAGGUGUGGAGCAAGUAUCUAUGCAAUGGGAAAACAGAGUCAUUAUCAAAAUUUGAUAACACGAUAUUGGUGGCCCCAAAUAUCACGAUUCACGAUAUUAUCACGAUAUUAGCGCAGUGCUUUUAACGUUAUUAAAAAUGGUAAAAAACUGCAAAAUCACUUCUCUGUGCACAGCAUGACACAAACAAACAAUAUGAGCAAGGGGCAGCUAACGCAAUGUUGGGAGCAUUAGGUUUUUGGAGCUAAAUUUAGCAGAAACGUCACUAAUGUUGUCAAUAAUAAGCAGUAGAGUAGACCAAACUUGUUGCGGUCAUGUUGUUUUUACCUUGAUUUGGGCGAACGAUGCUGAAUGGUGUUCACGGAGGUGGGCACGUAGGUUUGAAGUGUUAGAAAAACGGCGCUGCAACUUCCUUACAGCAUAACCUGCAGAUUGGUGUCAGGUUUACCUGCUCCGUCUGUUUUGUGAAGCUGUAAAACGGCCAUACUGCCGACGAAACCUUUUUAACAGGAGGAUACAGCCGAGGCGUUUCGUCAUUUUCAGUCUCCGACUGUUCUUGGUCCUGUGUUAUGCCGUAGAAUGCACCCCUGACCGGAGCGCGGAUGAAAGUACACAACAAGGCGAAAUAAUCCAGGUUUUCCUUAACGUUGGGUGGAUUCAAAAGCGUGUGCCUUUAAUGUUUUCAUUCAGAAUAUUCAGAUAAGCCAAAAACAAUAGCCCUGUGAUUCGGAAUAUUUGCUGUCCCGAAAAAUAUAAUGUUCUCUACCUUGACAGCUUACUGUACAGUUUAUGUAUCCAAGUACAUCUCUAUAUGUGCAUUUUUGGGACACAUAAAAACAGAAGGAAAGUUUGCUGCUCCAUUUGACAUGUUGUCAUGAUCCAAUACUCGUGUUUUUAAAAUAUCAGUUCAUAUCUCCUCCACUUUAAGAAGCUAAUGAGUGGAUAGGAUGCAUUGUGGACACGCUCCAACAGUGCUUUGAGUGGCCACAAUGCAUUGUGGGUGGCCACGCAUUUUGUUGUAGAAUUUCUUCAUUUGCUCUUUUAAUGUUCCCGUUUUUGUUAGGCUGGCAUUAUUGUACUUAAUUCGAGAGUUUUUUGGAUUUGGGAAAACUUUUGUGGUGGUUUGUUUGUACAUUUUGCUACCGAGGCUUUGACACCGUGGGUAAGACUACAAGCUUAGGUUUUUUAUUACUCGGCUUCGCUUAUCGUGUUGAAUAAUGCUGCAACUCGACGUUAAAAUUAUAACUGUGAUACAAUAAUUACUGUACCUUACAAUUUUAUAAUCGCGGCCGUUUAACAUCGCAUAUCGCAAUUAAAUCGUAUAUUGACACAUCCUACUGAGUCAUGAAAUCUCCAGCUUUGUGUAAAUUUUUUUUGCACAGAGAAACUGUUCAGUGUGAGCAGAUUAGAGUUCAGACAGAGAGAGUGAUGGACAUUUUAGAUUUUGGAUCCAGGGUGUUUACUAACCUUCUGAAUCCUUCGUUGUUGACCACAGAAAUGUCUAUAGGUCUUUGAGAAUAUAUUUAGAGGUGCAUCUUUUGAUCUUCCUUCAGAGUUUUCUGGUCUGGCUGAUUUUAUUUUUAGGGGCUCGUUUGAAGUUUUCUACAAAGACCUGCAUGUGGUGCCAUCCUAUAGCCUCACUUCCAGAAAUGCCUGGUGACUUAUCAUGGUUGUAAAUCAAUUUUCCUCUACCAUGAUGAGUGUGGAUCUGUUUAUAGAACAUCUGCUAACCUAGAUAAUGAUGACUCUCUCUGUGUUGACGUUUUGAUCCAUGGACAUCUUAUAGAUUUUUAACUGUCUCUGAGCUCACAGAAGCUUUUAUGCACUCUUAAAAGACACCCAGAUUCUCAGUCUUGAUUGUGCAUCAAUGUGUGUGUUUUAUGGUUUUGAAAAUAUGUGUGACAGGGUCAAAAGUGUGGGUCCACUUACCCAUACCUAGCGCCGGCUGUUUACUGAUUUCAAAGAAAAUUCAUGUCAAGAUUGGGCACACAUCUGUAUGUAAAUGAAGAAAAAUAGCUCAUCAAGUCUGAUAAUUGGAUUCAGCAUGUAUUAUUCCAGCAAAAACAUCAAAUUUUGUGCACUUACGCUGAUACAAGACUGGGAAGUCCUCAAGGUAAGUCUCCAAAAUGAAGGAUAAUCUAAUAAUCAGGGUUCAGUAAUUAAUGGGGGUCAAUGCUGUUAUUGUUGGGUUUACAAUAUCAGCUGCAAGAAUGUAACACUGCAUCGUGGCUUACUUGAAAAUCUACUUGGACUGUGAGACCAGCAGUUUACAGGAUGCAAACUCUCCAGGAGCUUUUCUAUCCCACAGAGAAAAUCAGAGGCUGUCUGGAUCUGAUCCCUCAGAAAUGAAGGUAAUUGUUGAUCAUUUUGGGGUGAAUUAAAUUGAGGCUAAUAUCUUCUUUUGGACUGUCGAACUAUCAGAAGCUUUAUCUGUGAUCACCUAACCUGGAAUGGUCCAAUGAGAGGCCAGCGUAGCGCUGUUUAAAGUCAGCCGUCCUAUCAGAACUGAGCAUUCACCUUUGUCAUGAGUGAAUAAAUUCAAAGCAGUCACAGGUGUUGAGAUGCACGAGAGAUAAUAUGUGUGCAUGUAUGUGUGUUUGUGUUAAUGUGUGUAAAUGUGUGUAGAUGUGAAUGAGUGCCUCCAGCCGGGGUUGUGUGAGAACGGGCUCUGUGUGAACACCAGAGGGAGCUAUAGCUGUGUGUGUAGGCCGGGGUUUAUCCUCGAUGCUUCACACGGAAUCUGCAUCUGUGAGUAACACACACACACACACACGCACACAACCGCCGGCAUGGGAAUGAACUGAGGAAUAACACAGACGCUGAUUCAAGGCUUCUGGAUCCAUCUGAGCUCAAAGUGUCUAAAUAACCACCUCAGUGUGAUGAAAGUAUGAGCAGUGACGUUUAGUGAACAGGCAGUUAUGCAAAUUGCAUUACCAACUUAAAAUUUAAGUCUUUUUCGCCCUCUCAGGAUUCUGUUUUGCAUAAUCUUCUUUUACUGAACAUUGAGGCUGCUGGAGAAAAUUUUAGGGUUUAAAUAUAGUUCAAACAUUGACAAACUCAUUGAUAUUUAAAAGCUGAAAUUAGUACUGGAGCAAGAAUUGGUGUCCUUUUAAACUCAGAGUCAGGCCCUCUGUCUUCUUCACAUUGUUCAAAAAUAAAGUCAAAAUCAGCAGAAAAUCCUCAGAGUCAGAGAGUUCAUGAACUUAAAUCCUCCUUCAGUGACUGUUGGUCUGUGUCCUUCUUUGUCUGUAGUCACUGAGUGUUGUUGUUCGGUCGCUGCUCUGUGGGUUCAUUGUUUUGAUCAGAGGAACUCUUUGUUCUGCUAAAAUGAUUCAAAUCUGACGGACGUUUGGUGCUCAGAUGGGUCAGUGAAGCCUGAUCAGUGCUCUGCUUAUUCUAAAUGGCAUUCACGGAAGAGGAGAACUAAGAGGAAGAGGAGAAUUGCUGGAUGCUGGUAACUAUGACAAUGUUCUAAUCAAAGCUGAUUAAUUAAGCUUGAACUUGUCUCCCUGCUGCUGCAAAGCUGGCUGGAAAUGCUCAUAGACCUGUGUGUAUGCUGUGUGUGUAUUUGUUUGUAUGAUGUGUGUGUUUUUAUGUGUAAAGGCUUUAUGGUCAUUGGUGUGGCCCUGUGUUCUAGCUGCUUUUGCAGUGUGUUCUCUUUCUUUGUUUAUAAAGCAGCCUCUAAAAAAAUGCCAAAAAAACAGUUUUCUUGAUGAGAGAGAGAGACUCUCAGUGUUUCUUUGGAUUAUCAGUUGACAAAAAGUUCUGUUAAAUAUUAAUUUCCAACAGGUUAGUAACAUGAUAGGAUAUAAAAAGGACAUUCAGAGAGGCUGAGUCUCUCAGAAAGAAAGAUAAGAAGAGGUUCAUCACUCUGUGAGAGACUGGGUGAGCUAAUAGUUCACCAGUUUUAGAAUAAAGUUCCUAAGUGUCAAAUAUGAAAAAAUGAGUAGAUUUAAUCAUCUACAGAACAUCAUAUUAAAAGAUUCAGAAAAUCUGAAGAAAUCUCUGUACUAAAGGGACAAGGACCAAAACCAAGACUGGAUAGUUCUGAUCUUCAGGCCUCAGGCAGCACUGCAUCGAAAACAAACAGGACUCUGGAAUGGAAAUAGCAUCUGCUGCCAUCCAGACAAAGACUUUUUCAGAGAAGACCUUCAUAUUUCUCCAAGACAAUGACAAACCACAUUCUGACUACAGGGAUUACAACAACAUGGCUCUGUAGUAGAAGAGUCCUGCUAAUAAACUGGCCUUACUGAAGUCCUGACUUGUCCCCCAAUGAAAACAUUUGGAGCAUUAUGACACCAAAAACAGGACAAAGGAGACCCUGAACUGUUCUCUACCAGGCAAGAAUGGACAACAAUUCACUUCCAGACUCCAGAAAUGGGUCUGUUGGGUUUACUAACAUCCACAAAAGGUUGGGGAAAGAAGAGCUGUGGACACUCAAUGGUGAACAAGCCCAUGUGCAAACUUUUUUGUAUUUGGAAGCAAAUUUCCAAAUUCCAGAUUUCCAAAUAUGAAGGUCUAAUAUGAUCUCUGAUCCAUGAUCCUGAUGGACACCUUAGAUUUUUCUUCCUCCACGCACUUUCUGUUAGGGGCCACAUAAAAAAAGCUCUGCUCCUAUUUGUCUAAUUUCUUCUGCUGCUUCUGUCCAAGAAAAGUCCAGAACAAGUUAGGCUGUGCUAUCAGAGCAUGCUUGAUUUAUGUGAAGUCCUCGUCAAAGCUGUCAUGUUUGAACAGCAUGUUUCUGAUUCUGCAUGCAGGGCUCUGCUGCUGCCUCUGCUUUAAGUCUGUCUGAACUCCUCACUUACUCCAGGAUGUGUUUGAAACUUGUCUCUGUCCUCCUUUGUGCCCCCCCCUCCCCAGCCCAGAAAGUGAUCUCAGAGGAGAAGGGUCAGUGUUAUCGGGUUCUGGGCCAGGGUCAGGGUCCAUCGUCCUGCUCCCUGCCCAUCCUCAGGAACAUCACCAAACAGAUCUGCUGCUGCAGCCGGGUCGGAAAAGCCUGGGGACCUGACUGCCAGAGGUGUCCCUACUUUGGUUCAGGUUGGUUACCAGGGACUGGUGCAGAUAAAUAUGCUCUGGUGUUUUCAGUGUGCAGUGCUUUGGUAGUCAGCCAUGUUCAGGCCUACUGGUUCUGUGUCUUAGUGCUAGAUGAUGCAGUAUAACCACAUAAUUCAAAAGACUGCCCUGCCUUUAUGUCCCCUCCUCCAGUGGCCUUUAAGGAGAUCUGUCCAGCUGGUCCUGGUUACCACUACUCAGCCACAGCUCUGCAGUUCAACCAGAGAGUCAACGAGCAGCUGGGGAGCCGAGGAGCAUCACUGGUUGACAACCAAGAAAACCAGGGUACCUAAUUUACAUCAUUUUAGAGUUUACUGCACACAGUCUCCUCUGGACCAGUCUAACAGCUCUCACACACGGCAAAAUAGCCAAAAAGAAACAUGUUCAGUGAAAUAUCUGAUACUUUGAUUAAAAAUCUUUUCAGAUUUCAUUAAGUUAAUGAAGAACUACAGUCAUCAACCAACCUACAGUUCUGUCCAAACCUCAAUCCAGCUCUCCUCCCAUCAGGUCCUGUUUCUGGUUCCAGUACCAGCGUAGCCUCCAGAUCUCCUCAGACACCCUCCUCUUCUGGGGUGACAGCUCCCGGGUCUGGCACCUCACUGAGUUCUACUUCAGGUGUCAGAACAGCUGGUUCCAGCAGUACUUACAUCAGACCCAGUCCACCUCAACCCCAACCACAGCCACCACAGCUAGGUGACUCCUCAAGGGUCGUUCAGUCUGGCAGCACCAACACUUUGACCACUCAGGACAAACCCCACACUCCAGACAGAACUGGGACCCAGCAGAGUCGACCAGACGUUUCCACAUCCAUCACAAUACAACAGCGACCACAGCCUCCAUCAACAGGAAGUCAAGGUAACAGGGGGUCUGAAAAGUAAUACUGCUGUGUUAAACCACAGUUUGUCUGUGACUCUGAUCUGAUAUGUUGUAGUGAUUCAGUACGAUAUAUUUUAUGCACUUCUCAGCAGGCAGUCGCUCCUCUCUGUCCUGGCCUGAUCAGACUGCAGCUCGAGGAGACUUUCUUCCAGCUCCGGCACCACCACAGAGCCCGGAUGGUGGAUCCAGGCCCAGUGGAGGUCUGCCUCCUCUGCAGGGUAGACCAUCUAUAACCACAACCACGACCCGCCCAGCCAGAGUACAGAGUGAGUACCCUCAGAUCAGAGAGGAAGUGUGCUUCAACCUCUGUUUGUAUCAGUAUCUGAGGAUCAAUCCGUCUCUGUGAUUAAAUUUGGUUUAAAAAUUAAUUAAAAAGUCUGUUACGGAACAACAGAUCACUUCAGGUUACAUAAUUGUCUACCCAACAAAUGAAUAUAUAAAUUAAAUUAUAAAUACAUUUUUCCAUAAAUAAAACUAUUAAUAAAGAGAAUAAUGGCUCCUGAAUUUAUUUCAAUUUAAUCUGAGGAUUGACCUGCACAGAAUUCAGAUUCUUAUCUCAGAAUGUUAACUCUUAUUACAGUAUUUCAGCUUUUUUAUCUUAGAAUUCAAAGUUUAUGACAAUAAUCUGACUUUUAUCUCAGAAUUUUAACUUUUAUCUCAGAAUUCCAUCUUUAAUCCCAGUAUUUUAAGCACUAUCUCAGAAUUUAAGUUCUAUCUUAUUAUUUCAAUUUUUAAUAUUAUCUUAGGGUUCUGGCACUCAUCCCAGAAUUCUUACUUUCAGAAUAAAAAAAAACAGACUCCUUUGGCGCUGCUGGUUUUAGCCUGCCCCAUAGACUUAAUCAUUCAAAAACAAAUCUCUCACAGUAAUUGUGUUAUUUAAGAAGGGAAUCAUCCUGGGACGCUUAAAUCACAGUAUGUGAUGUUUGUUUCAAACUCUGGGCCUCUGGCACGCUGUGAAUACUGUCUUAUAAUUUUAUUUGGACAUAGAGAGACUCUGAGGAGGGCUGCAUCUGUGUUCAGUUAGAUGAGACAUACCAAACACGCACGCACGCACGCACGCACGCACACACACACACAUUUUCUUACUUUUGCACCUGAAUUUAAUACCAGCUGAAAUCUGUCUCUAAGAAUUGAACUUCUCCUAUAAGUAUUAGUGAUAUCUAGACAGAGAAGGACGUCUGAGGAAGAUUUUACAUCAAAGAUUAAAAUUGAUCUAAAACGCAACUUUAUGUCUUUUGAUCUGAUUUACAGUCUGAACCAAUAAAAACUAAAUCACAGCAACACUGGAGAUAAUAAUGUCAUCUGUAACCGAUUACAUGGAGACCAACAAAGGAUUCUUGUGUGUUUGUUUGCAGCUCUGAGGGGUGUUUGUGAGAGCAGACCAGGUGUGUGUGGGCGUGGCCGCUGUGUGGAUCAGCCAGGAGGGAAACACAUCUGUGUGUGUGAUCAGGGAUACCAGCCCAACUCUCAGCGCACGUUCUGCCAAGGUGACAAAAACCUCAGGCUGUCUGUGCUUUAUAGUCACCUCUGAACACAAUGUUUUCAUGCAUACAAACAGACUGCAGUGUUUAGAUAUCAGACUGAAUUUUUGAGGAUUUGUUUUACAAUUAUGGGUAACCAUAUGAUUUUCAUAGCUUUCUUUCAUAUUUACAAACCAUUUUUCAGUUGUUUCACUGUUGUCCUCCUCUACGGUGGAGAAUAAGGGCCACAAAGAAGAAAAAUUUAAGAUUUCAAGAAUAAAAUUGUUCUGUUCCAAGAUAAAAUAAUGAUAAAAUAAAGUUGUGAUAAUCCAAAAAGUAUUAGGUGGGAGUGAAGUCAGAAUUUCAUGUGAAUUCAGACUUUAUUUCAUGAUAUUUAGGUAAUCAAAUUGUGAUAAUAAAGUAAUGGUCAAGUCAUACAAAAUUUUAAUGCAGUGUACUUUAAGAUUGUGUUAAUGCAGAAUAUUUUCAUUCAGUUUACAAGUAAUUUCUCUUCAUUAUAAUUUUUAUGUGGUUUAUUUGACACCAAUUCCCCACAGUUUUUUGCACUUUAAGAUACAAGAUCAAUUUUUCGAUAUUUUUCCGAUAUUUUGUUAAAUUUCUCAGUAAAUAGAUCUUAUGCCAAGUAUGUUUUUUUCUUUUUAUAUUCUCAAAAUAAUUUCUUUUAAAAAAUUUCUUCUAAAAAUUAAACUAUUUUAAAAGAGCUCAUAAAAAACAAUAUGGUAAAAUAUGGUACAAAAAUUUUAUUUAUUUAUUUAUUUUUUGGUGUGUGUGUGUGUGUGUGUGUGUGUGUGUGUGUGUGUGUGUGUGUGUGUAGAUGUGAAUGAGUGUGUGCAGUCUCCAGUUGUGUGUCCAGUAGGACAGUGUUUUAACACUAUGGGAAGCUACAGGUGUGUGUGUCCAUCUGGGUACAAGAGCAACAGUCAGCAGACCAGUUGUCAAGGUAAUGUGCACUUGCUGUUUGUUGUCCUCUGUACAUUCAGGAUGUUUAAGCUACAAACAAACAAACAAACACACAAAAAAUAAUCAAGCAAACAUAAUUUUUUUUUAUUAAUUAAUUAAGUUUCGGUCUGUGAAAUCCUCAGACAUUGACGAGUGCCAACAGAACCCUUGUAGGAAUGGGCGCUGUGAAAACACACUUGGUAGCUACAGGUGUGUCUGUCGCCUUGGUUACAGGAGCAGUGGCAAUACCUGCACAGGUAAAGAUGCAUGAUGGCACAUCAACUCAAAGAAACUUUGUUAGUGUAAAAUAUUCAAACAAUUUAUUAUAGAUAAUUUGUUGCGACAUGAACACAUUCAGAGAGUUGAAAACGAUUCAGCAGGUAGAGUGUGUGAGGUGUGUGUGUGUCUGUGUCUGUGCCUGUGUCUGUGUAUGUGUGUGUGUGAUGACACAUGUGUAAUGAUGUGUGUGUGUUUUAGAUGUGGAUGAGUGUGAAGACGCCCUGCAGUGUCCGGGUCAGGAGUGUAUCAACAGUCAGGGUUCGUACCGCUGUGUUUCCUGUCAGCCUGGAUAUGGGCUGCUCAACAGACUCUGUACAGGUAACUCACCUGCAUCAGCUGUUUCAACCACAUACCAGCUGCUUGGCUAGCUAGCUGCUCCUGAAUAUUUUAGACAGACUAGAGCACAUAUUUGGUUUUCUGAGAGUAUUCAGCAUUAAAUAUCUGUUAAACAGGGCUCCACUCAGUCUUUUUUUAUGUUGCUUUGAUGUUUGCAGACAUUGAUGAGUGUCGCCAGGCUCCCUGCUCCAACGGUCGCUGUGAAAACACACCUGGAAGCUACCGCUGUAUCUGUCGCCAUGGUUACAAGCUCCAAAACAACACUUGUAUAGGUAAAUUGGAGGCAGCAGCAGCUAACCUCCAAGGCUUCCCCCAUUCUUUAUGUAAAGUUAGGCUAACUACCCACAGGUUUAGAGAAAGACAGAGAAGAGACAGUGUUUCCAAAAUCUGAAUACUUUUUGUGUGUGUUCGUGUGUGUUUUUGUGUGUCUCAGAUGUGGACGAGUGCGCAGAGCUGUCUCAGUGUCCGGGUCAGAUGUGUAUGAACACUGCAGGAUCGUACCGCUGUAUGUCUUGUCGACCUGGAUACAAACUCACCAACAGGCAUUGCACAGGUACAAACACCGUGCCAUAAAACCGUGCCAUAAAACACACACAGUCUCACACACACACACACCAUCUCUUUGUCUGCAGAUAUAAAUGAGUGUGAGGACAGCAGGUCUUGCCCUGGCCAGCGCUGUGUGAACACUGAAGGGUCGUACAGCUGUGUGGACUGUCAGCAGGGAUACCACAGUGUGAACGGGCUGUGUACAGGUAAACACACAUACACACAGGAACAUUGUGUUGAGUGUGAAGUCCCCUCAUACUGUUUUUUGUCAGAGUAAAAAUAGUUGAACAGGUUGUUGUGUGUGUUUCAGACGUGGAUGAGUGUGAGCAGGCCUCUCAGUGUCCCGGGCAGAGGUGUGUGAACACACAGGGAUCGUACCGCUGUGUGUCCUGUCAGCCCGGAUACAGCAGCAAGAACGGCUCCUGCCAAGGUGGCACACAAACACACACUUACACACACACACACUCACAUGGUUGAAACACGUGCAAAUCAGCAGUCUGCAGCGUGAGCUGAUGUUUGGCUAAAAACCCAAAUAAAAAUGAGAAUUAUAACUGCUUUGAUGUUUUAAGACCUAACUCUGAUUUUGCUGCAUGACAAAGACAAAACAAUGAAUACCUGUGCAGUCAUCAUUAUCCUCGUCAUCAUCAUCAUCCUCUCUCUCUUUUUAUCGCUCCUGCAGACGUAGAUGAGUGCGCGAGUGCUGGGGCGUGUGAGGCUGGACGAGUGUGUGUUAACACUAUCGGCUCGUUCAGGUGUGAUUGUGCACCUGGGUAUCGAACCUCUGGGCUGGGGAGACAGUGCAGAGGUGAGUUUAAAGCCUGACAGGAACAUGAAUGAUUAAUAACCUCCUCUAGUCUUUACAAUGAGUGAAGCCUCUUCUACUCUUUGAUGUCUCUGUGUCUCUGUGGCAGUGUGUUGAAUUUAUGGUGCGAUUGAUUCCUCAGACAUCAACGAGUGUUUGGAGGGAGAUUUCUGUUUCCCUAAAGGAGAGUGUAUGAACUUACCAGGAUCCUACGCAUGUGUGUGCUCUCAGGGAUACACACUGAGCAGCAACAAAACUGCCUGCCUAGGUGAGUGCUAGCAGAUGUUUAGAUCUUACUGUACUGUCAGUAUUGAGAUGUGCAUUUUUUUUUCAUCCAAUGUGUAUUACUGUGGUUGACUGUGCAGGAAGUUGAACAAAAAUAAAGACAACACUCUCCUCCCUAUCUGAAGCGGUCAGUCAUCAUGUCACAGCUCUUCUCUUUUCAGACACUCACUGGUUAAAGAUCACGUGUUUCUCCAGUUUGCUAUAAUUCUUUAAAAUAACCAGAAAUCAGAAAAUUGAGCACAUUUUUUCUUCAGUUGCUGGUUUUGUCUUCAAAUCCCUUUUUCACAUGUUCAAUUAGAGGCAGAAACCCUGAAGGCUUUAAGAGUCACUGGCUGUGGUGAAUACUCCAGGUUCUGUAUGUUGGAGUGUCUGCAGACAGAUGUGUCAGUGUUCAUUUAGUUUACGCAGCUCACAGCUCCGCGUUGGCCCUCUCUGGUCCUGGUGUUAGCCAUGAUGUAAUGGUGAAAUCAUCUUGGCCCAUGUUUGCUGAAUGAACAGGCCUAGGUGUGUAUUUCUCAUGCAGUGACAUCCUUUGUUUCCAUCUGUCUUUAGACGUGGAUGAGUGUGUCAGACCAGGUGUGUGUGUGGACGGUCGCUGUGUGAACACUGAAGGCUCCUUCCAGUGCCAGUGUAAAAGCGGUUUCACCACCAACCCUGAAAAGACGGCCUGCCUUGGUAAACACACACACACACACACACACACACACACACACACACACACACACACACACACACACACACACAAGUCUAGUCGAGUCCAUCAUCUCAUCGGUUUUCUCCCUCAGAUAUUGAUGAGUGCGUCUCGUCCAGUGGGUCAGUGUGCGGGUCAAAGCGAUGUGAGAAUACGAUUGGUUCAUACCGCUGCAUCACUUCCUGUGACCGUGGCUUCAGCGUGUCAGCGACUGGCGUGUGUGAAGGUGUGUUACAAACCUUCAUUUUAAAUACAGGCAGAGAUUUCUGACAAGAGAUCAUUUAAAGGUGGGGUAGGCAGGAUUCUGUUAAAGAAGCAUCUUUUUUUGUGGUGUAUAUACAAAAAAGCUUUAAAUAUCAGUCAAUAGCUAUUAGUAAUUGAUGACAUUUGGGAAUAUAACGAUAUUGCUGUGUUUUGUUAUGUCUGUGUGGUCAACAUUUUAAAUUUAUUGAUAGGCCCGCUUUUUCUGACUGUAAACAAAGCCAUUCUUGGCCUCCCCCAACCUGAUUGUUGUGAGGCAGACACUGCUUCCCCGUGUCGUUCAUGAGCCAAAAUAAAGUUAGCAUGCUACAAUAUCGGACAAUAGAAACCAACCAGAGAGUACACACAAUUGUCAGAAUCCUCCUUUGGCCACGACUGCCGACACAAGCAAGAAAACAAAGUAAAUACCGGAGACUCUGGCAGAAUAACGGGCGCUUAAAACGGAGGUAGACCGGGCAAGAGAGAAGCUGGGUCAACAUCAGUGAAGCUAGCAUAAACGAUGGGAAUUCCAGCAGUAUGUCACUUUCUGCUGGUUGUAGAAGUCCUGCAAACAUUGUGUUUGCUGGUGGUCUGUUGGCAUCUACAGCAGCACCAAUGCUGUUUACGUUCACGUUGACUGGGCCCCAUUUGUAAAUAUCUUGAGUAUUUAUCUGUAUUAUAUCUGUAUUAAAUUAAAACGUUAUGAGCGAGCAGGAGCGUCUGUUUGUGGGCGGGGCUUGCUGGAGCAGAGAGGGAAGGGAGAGGAGGAGCUGAGGGGAAAACUGGUUGAGAGGGGUAGUGUUUACAUUCAAGAUUUCGCCCAAAAACUGGCAUUUCCUCAGAUCCUGCCUACCCCACCUUUAAUGAAACCUUCAGAUAAAAAGUGAAAACUCUGAAACUGAACUUUUCCUGCCUUACAGUUAAUUUAGGACCUUUUUCAGGAACAGAAACACCAUUAGACUGAACCUUUCUCUCUUCUCUCUCAGACAUUGAUGAAUGUGCCAAUAGGACAGUUUGUGGGGAUCAUGCCAUCUGUCAGAAUGUCAUAGGAACAUACCUGUGUGUGUGUAAUGACGGUUACACCUCCAGUGCAGGAGGAAAGGCCUGUUCAGGUAUGUGACGCUUCCACCACCACGUUCAACACCUGUGUGUAUUACAGUCAAUAUGGAGCAGUAUAUCACAAACUUUUCUCUCUCUCUCUUAGACCUGGACGAGUGUGAAUCUCUGGCCGGUGUGUGCGGCUCUGCUCGCUGUGAGAACGUGGAGGGAUCCUACACAUGUAUAUGUGACCAACAGGGAUAUAAGUUUGACGCCACUAGCAGGAGGUGCAUCAACACAGAGGCAGCAGGUACAGCUCAUGUUUCAUAAUGAAGAACCUAUGAAUUUAUCAUGAAGGAUCUUCGAAAACUCUUCGUUUGGCUCUCUGCUGAACUUUUCUGUAGUCACGCCAUUUUUCCCUCAAGCCUUCAAUGAAGCAUCACGUAAAAAAAAAAAAAAGAUUUCUGUCAAAUAACUUAUGACCUGAUGAAAGACCAAGUUUUCUGUCUCCAAAACACAGAAUUAAAAUAAAAUGAUAGCAGGAGGAGAGCAGCCACAGGGAUUACUGUGAAUGAGCAGACUUAUUAAAUCUUAAUAACAAAGUCUGAGAAUAAAAAUUAGAAUUUAGUUCCAAAAUUACAAAUAAUAAGCAAAGAAAUGGGUUUGUAGAUGAAGAUUGACAGUCCUAAUAAAUAUGUGUGUGUGCUUGUGCGUGCGUGCAUGCAUGUGUGCGUGCGUGUGUGUGUGUGUGUGUGUGUGUGUGUGCAUCUGCAGCUUUGGCCUCCCUGUUUUAGAGCUGAUGUAAUGGUGACUUCAUCUUUGGCCCUUAGUCACAACACCAUGUAUGAGUGUGAGUAAGUGUUUUAUAAGUAAUCACUCUCUCUCGCUCUCCUCCUCUCUCUCUUUCUAGAUGUAAACGAGUGUGUGAGGUCAGGUGUUUGCUUUGGCGGUCGCUGUGUGAACGUCGAUGGCUCCAUUCAGUGUCAGUGUCAAACCGGCUUCACCAGCAGCCCGGAGAGGACUGCCUGUGUCGGUAAAACACACACUCAUUCCCUCACACGCUUACACACAUUUUUAUUCCCAAAACAGUCACAUUUAGCCUUUUUUGUCCUCCGCCUCCUUCAGAUAUUGAUGAGUGCGCCCUGCCUGGUCGGUCAGUGUGCGGGUCGAGGCAGUGUGAGAAUACGAUUGGUUCGUACCACUGCAUCACUUCCUGUGAGCCGGGCUACAAGGUGACAGAGACCGGCAGGUGUGAAGGUGAGUUUAAGAGCAGAUUUCAAGCCUGUAAACCUACAAACCAUGUCUUUAUUUAUUCUUAUAUCAGAGCUGAGAGUUGUCGGUCAUAUAUGAAACCUCUUGAGAAUAAAAUAAACAGAUUCAAACUCUUGACUUGACUCAGAUUUUGAAGGAACAGUUCUGAGUGUGAAGGUUCUCCUGAAUUUCACUUUGACGUGAACUAUCGUGACCCCUCUCUCCCUCUACUCUCUCCUUUCGUCUCUCUCCUCUGUCCCCUCUCUCCUCCCCUCUCUCCCUCUACACUCUCCUUUCGCCUCUCUCCUCUGUCUUUUCUCCUCUGUCCCCUGUCUCCUUUCUCCUCUGUACUCUGCCCUCUCUCCUCUGUCCCUUCUGCUCUCUCCUUCCCCUCUUUUUUCUCUCCUCUCUCUUAGACAUUAACGAAUGUGUCAAUAAGACGGUGUGUGGGGAACACGCCUUCUGCCAGAACCUGUUGGGAACCUUCCAGUGUGUGUGUGACCAGGGCUUCAUCUCCACGGCUGAUGGGAAGGCCUGCUUGGGUACGAGUCUGUCUCUCAUAUGACUUAAUAAGCUACUGAGCCAAUCUCUCAAUUUAAAAACUGUAAGUUAAUAGUGAAGCUUCGCAAACCUCCAUGUCCACUUGUUCAUUUGGGCUGCAGGCUCCGGGCUCCAUGGUAGAUUUGGAAGUGUGUGGAAAAUGUGCAGUUAAGAUAAUAAAUCUGAUAUAGCUGCAGUGCUCUUGUUCCUAAAAGCAAAGUGCAGUCAUUCAUGUGAAGGUCCUGACUCUCUCUUUUUCAGAUGUGGACGAGUGUGAGUCUCUGGCCGGUGUGUGUGGCUCAGCUCGCUGUGAGAAUGUGGAGGGAUCCUUCAUGUGCGAAUGUGACCGACAGGGAUACGAGUUUGACACCAACAGCAGGAGGUGCAUCAACACAGCAGGAGCAGGUACAGCAUGGAGGUGUUAUUCUUUCAGUUUAAGGAUCAGGCAUAGACUGUAUAUACUUUGGACAACUUGGUUCCGCCUUCUGUCAUUAUAUGGAUUUAAAGCCGAAAAGCUCUCGGUAUUUCCGUUUUUUUCUCCACUUCCUGAAACCAAAAUUGCAGAAUAGCAUUGCACGCAUUCGGCGGGAGAGUCGCCGAGAGUGGGUGUGAUGACGCUCGGUUCAAACAGCAUAUCCCCAGGGUGAGCUACGCAAUCUUCGUAUGCCCAUAGGCUGUAUCAAGUGUCAAUCAUAGACAACAUGAACCCCCUAAUAACUUGAACGCAAACCAGUUUUAUAGUAACUACAUGUCAACAUCGCAAGCAAGGGGGGAGAAAAAUUUACAGUCUGUGUAAUUAAUUUCUAGUUUGUCCACAGCUCCAUAGAGAUUGCUUGAGAAGGCGGGAAUUAUGACAUAUACUGCAGCCCGUCACCAGAGGGUGCUGUUCUCGGAGUGGCUUCACCCAGCAAGGGGGCAGAUGGUGCCCAUUCAAUAUACAGUCGAUGGGAUCGGGCCUUUAAAAAUCUUUGUUCUGCAGACACUGCAGUGUUGGGUUGAAGCUGCAUGUUAAUAGGACUCUCUGACCCUUAAAGUUAAAGUUUGAAAAGCAGAAAUUGUCCCAUCACACUUUAGGAGAUUCAUGCAAGCAAGAAUGCAGAUUUUUGUACGAAAACUCAGUUUUUGCAGCGGCAAUGUUUAGAGAAUAAAUCCUGGAGGUCAACUGUCAAGAGGUUUUUGUUUAGGAUCUUUUUGGCUGCUGAAAAAGGAAUUUUUCUCUCUUCUUAAUCUUAAAACAUUCUGAUCAUCCAAACCAACCAAAGAGAAACCUCUGCAUUUCUACUCAGCAGGGAUAGUCCCUGGCUUCCCCAUCACCUCCUCUUCUUCUUCAUCUUCCUCCUCCUCUGGCUCUGGGAACGUGGUGGACUUGUCCCCCGGUCUGCCCCCCCUCCCCCCAGCUCGUCCAGGUGAGAUGAGGGAGUGUUACUACAACCUGGCCGAGCGAGGAACUUGCAGCCUGCUGGCCACCAACACCACCCAGCAGGAGUGCUGCUGCACAGUGGGGGAGGGGUGGGGGCUGGGCUGUCAGUACCACACCUGCCCUGUUGUGAACACAGGUGAGACAUCAGGCACAAAGACAGUAUGUCCAGUGAUUGACCUUUUCACCCUCUGCUUGUUAUCAAAGGAGCUUUCUCUCUUUGUGUCCACACAGCUGAGUAUCUGUCUCUGUGUCCCAGCGGGAGAGGAUACGUCACUGCAGGACCUGGAGCCUUCAGCUACAGAGGUACACAGACACACUGUAUACAAGCUGCAUUACAACUUUCCCUUUUAGCCGACUUUCACCACCUUUACACCAAAUUUCUGCCGCGGUAAAACUUUCUUCUCUUGGAAAAAAAACUCUCUGAAUUUGUUUGAACUAUUCUUUAAACGAUGUGUCAAUAAUCAAACUCAAACCUGAACACACACCUGAAUCUUCCAGACGUGGACGAGUGUAAACGUUUCCAUCCUGAGGUGUGCAAGAACGGCGUGUGUGUCAACAACAUCCCAGGAUACAACUGCUACUGCUCCAGUGGAUACGUUUACAACAGCACGCUGCUGGAGUGUGUCGGUACGUAUGACAUGCACACUCACACACACACUAGUGAGACAGCAGCAGAGAGUUUACCUGAAACUUUUAUGUCUCCAUCUGUGUGCGUGUGUAACAGAUCACGAUGAGUGUGAGGAGGAGAGCUGUGUUGGAGGAGUUUGUGUCAACACGGUUGGUUCGUAUUAUUGCAGCUGCCCUCCUCCCCUGGUGCUUGACGACACUCAACGAAACUGUGUCAACUCCUCCCACCUCACUAUAGGUGAGACACUUGUCCUCACCCUCAGUAUUCCCCUGACCUCACAUUAGUUCUUUCUCUGCCUUCAUCUCUGAAGUUUUCUUCUUUGCUUCAUGUAGACCAUCAUUAGACCUAUCAUUCAGCUGUGGUCUUGAACAGGUACUCUCUCUCCUUGUUUCUCCUCCAGAUGAGAACCUGUCUGUGUGCUGGCAGCAUGUCACCGCAGACCUGGUCUGUCAGAGUCCUCUGUUGGGAGCUCAGGUCACCUUCAUGGACUGCUGCUGUCUGUACGGAGAGGGCUGGGGGAUGGAGUGUGCCCUCUGCCCCUCCCCUGACUCAGGUACACAAACCUGACAGGCCACGCUUUACUGUAGAGUGGUACCUGCAUGUCUCCAGAAACUUUAUACACAGUUAGAUGUAAAAGUCUGCUCUGUUGUUCUCACAGAGGACUACGCCAGUCUGUGCAGCUCGUUUGUUCCUUUGUUCCCUGAGAGUUAUCCAGACUCACCUGGACCUGAAACUGGAGUGAGACCAGGACCUGGAAGAGGACAAGGUGGAGGAGGUGAGAUUUUAUCAUUUCAAGUUCAUUUCAGUUCUUGUUGGAUUUUUGCUUUCAGCUCUUAUCUUUUUACAAGUGUUAAACUCCUCUCAUCUUCUUUCUCUCUUAUUAAAACCUCUUUCCUUGCAUCCUCUCCUUGCUUCAUCUUCUCCUUUCCUUUGUCUUCUUCUCUUGUAUCCUUGUCUGAUUUCUUUUCUCUUGUCUCCAGCACUUCUCCUUGUCUCAUCUCUCCUUUCCACAUUUGAUUUUGUCUUCUUUCAACUCUCCCCUGUCUCUCCUCUUGUGCAUCUCCACUUGUUUCUUUUCCUCGUCUUCCAUUUGUCCUUUUCUAUUCUUGCUUUCUCCUUCCCUCUUCUCCUCUCUCUUCUCCUAGUCUGCUAUCAUCUUUACUCUCCUAACCUUACCUCCUACAUGUCUUACUUUUUUUAUUUUCCUCUGCUUUUCCUUUCCUUUUUUAUUUCCUUUUCUAGCCUGUCCUUUCCUUCCCUUUCUUUUUCUUUUUUCUUUUCCUUUCCUUUCCUUUCCUUUCCUUUCCUUUCCUUAAUCUUCCUCCACCUUGCUCUCCUGUUCUUCCCCUUGCCUUUCUCCUCUUAAACUCCCGUCCUUUUUUUUAUAUCCACGACUCUCCUCCUCUCCUUUCGUUUCCUCCUCACUCUUCUUCCCUCCCUUUGCCUCCCUCACUCUCAUCAUCUCUUCUUCUAGUCUCCUCAGGUCCUCCAUACUUCCCCCCUUACAGUCCUGACUCCUUCCCUCCGGCGGUGAUUCCCGGCAGAGACUUCAGUCUUCCUGAUUAUGACGAUUACUCUCCAGCAGGGGGCAGCAGGUCCGGCUUCAGGGGGAGGACAUCAUCUUCCUUCAGCCCAGAUGGCUCUUUUGGUCGGCCUGAGUACAGGUGUGGACAGAGUUCACAGCCCAUGAUUUUUUUUUCCUGUGUGGUCUUAAAAGGACAGAUUUAUAAAGAAUUCACUUUUUUAGUCUGAGUUUCUAACACUGAAAUAUGUCAAAUAUAUUUGUCAAUGAAAACAAACAUGUUUGUAAUCCCUUUCAGUGUCAUUUUAUGUUCGUAUUAUGGAGUAUUUUAAUCAUCAACUCUCUCUGUCUGUCUGGCCAUCAGCACUGGUUAUUACCCUGAAGGAGACUUUGGCAUCGGGGACGACUCCUCACCCAGAGGUCCCCCCUUCCGCCUCCCCCCAGACCCCCGCACAGAGAGGGCAUUUGGGGCCCGCCCUCCUCCUCCAUCCCGAGCUGAUGGUGCUCCGCUCAGCCUGGCCCCACUGCCCGGAGCCCCAUACCAGGAGCAGGAGGAGGAAGAGGAGGGGGACACGUGGAGGCCAGGACCCCCUUUUCCUCCUUUUACUGACCAGAGACGAGGGGGAGGAAGAGGAGGAGGAGGAGGAGGAGGAGGAGGAGGAGGAGGAGCUCCGAGAAGGCUGUAUGAGAGUGAGUAAUGAAUAUUUCUCUGUUCCUUGUUUUAAUUUUUAAGAAUCGUCACAUCUCCCUUUCAUCUGCCAGGACGUUAUGAGUCCUACGCUGGCCUGAGCACAGCAGAGGAUUGUGGGAUAUUGCAUGGCUGUGAGAAUGGCAGGUGUAUUCGUGUCGCUGAGGGUUACACCUGUGACUGUUACCAAGGAUACGAGCUGGAUAUGACCUCAAUGACAUGUAUAGGUAUGCAGAAACACACUCUGCAACUAAUAUUUUCCACUGACACUGAAGUAACCACAGAAGCUCAUAUGUCCUGCUGUUGUAUCAGACUCUAAACUAACCACAGACAGAUGGCUGUCCUGUCCUAAUCACAGACCACUGUUUAUGUGUGUGUGUGUGUGUGUGUGUGUGUGUGUGUGUGUGUGUGUGUGUGUGUGUGUGUGUGUGUGUGUGUGUGUGUGUGUGUUUUCAGACAUAAACGAGUGCGAGGACGGUGUCAGCCUGGAAUACCCAUGUGUGAACGCUCGCUGUGUGAACACUGACGGCUCGUACCGCUGCGUCUGCAGGAGAGGAUACGUGAUGUCCCGCAGACCGAACCACUGUGUGGCAGCGUAGACUGGACCGGAUAGGACUGAACCAGGGCAGACUCGACUCAGUUUAA